GGGGGGAGGGAGCUCUGUCUCUGUUAGGACCUGGGAGGGAGCUCUGUCUCUGUCUCUGUUAGGACCUGGGAGGGAGCUCUGUCUCUGUUAGGACCUGGGAGGGAGAUCUGUCUGUCUCUGUUAGGACCUGGGAGGGAGAUCUGUCUGUCUCUGUUAGGACCUGGGAGGGAGCUCUGUCUCUGUUAGGACCUGGGAGGGAGCUCUGUCUCUGUCUCUGUUAGGACCUGGGAGGGAGCUCUGUCUCUGUCUCUGUUAGGACCUGGGAGGGAGCUCUGUCUCUGUUAGGACCUGGGAAGACCUGGGGAGGGAGCUCUGUGGGAGGAGCUGGGGUGGAGCUCUGUAAUCUGGGAGCGCCCAGGCUCGUCUCCUGUAAUAUGAGCACAGCUGAUAAUAUUAUAAACUUAGAUUCCUCUGAAGCCGCAUUCCUGGACCCAGCACCCUCAGCCAUGGCGGAUAACAGAGACAGCGAGUUAAAGCACAGGAAGAUAACUGACUCUCAAGGUAACAGCCAUCCCCCGGGCUGGGAAGGGUUAACUGGGGGGCUCCUGCUGCAACAGUUAUCUCUCAGCUCCCGAGAUGGAUACAUUGUAACCAUUCACCCCCUGAUCUCAGAGACAGUCCCUUCAUUAAAUACCCGUGGUGCCCUGAUCUGGGGUAAACAGGGUUAUUAUUACUCUGCACCUGAUGUACACUAGAGCUCACAAUACCCUCAGCCAACCUCAGUGGGAGCCAGUGCUAGUCCAUAGAUGCUGUAGUCUCAUACAUUGUCUAAACAUGUGUGAGACUUUUUAUCAUAUUGCUAUUAACCCCUUAAUGCUCAGUAACAUGUCACACUUGUCAGAACAUACAGGGAUUUGCCUAACAGUUGGUCACUUUCAAUGGAUUCAGUAUUUCUUGUGUUUUUUUAUUUUAUUUUUUAUAUUAUAAUCCAGUCUGUCCAGUCACUACCAGGGCAUUUGAUGCAAAUGUAUUUUAUCCCCCAUGGUACCUUGUGAGUGCAGCAAAUGCAGAUGCCCAGGAGUGGAGUUUGAGAGUGCGCCCAAAGCACAGUUAGGUGAUACUCUCUAGGUUAAACACUUUGUUUUUAUUAUUUACACAGAAGUAAGUGUGUUUUAUACUUACCACUGCUGCACUCCGCAACCCUAUAAGUACGUCAAUCGCAUUACCUGUGGUCAAGAUACAGGAACUGAUACUCGCAUACAAGUGACGUUUUCGCCUUACUAAUAACCUGACUCCUGUACCUGCUCCAUAUCCAUCAUUAUUUUUAUUAUCGCCAUUUAUAUGGCGCCAACAGAUUCCGUAGCGCUUUAAAAUAUUAAUGGUAGCAAACAGAAACCAUACUACUGAUAAAUAAUAUUUCUAAUCUAAAAGUGGAACUGUCUGUCACUGACGAGAGGACAAUGUUUUUGCAUAAAAGUCUACAUUUAUUUUUUUUCAAGAUAUCUAAAUAUAUAUACUAUCUUCAUAAAGACCCAGGAGGGUCAAAACGUUGACGUAAUUUAAUACAAUACUGAAAAUUUCCAGAGAGUUCUCCUGUGUUUACUUAUAUACUUCUAUUUAUUUUGGGGGCUGGGAAGCACCCAGCUAGUUACCGUUUGCAGCAAAAGGUAAAUGGCUUUUCAAAACCUUCUUCCAAAACUAAAUUUAUUUAGAAUCGCAAAAUUGAGGCUAAGAUAGCUAUCGCUGAGUUGGAGAUUUAUUUAUUUUUGAAUCCACUAUUUAGCUUCAAUUUUGCCACUUUGAUUUAAUUAGAUAAAAGAGUUUCGUGAAUAAAUCUGGGAGGGAUUAAUAUGAGUUUUUUUUUCCAUUCUGUCAUUAUAUGAAUGGUUUAAAGAUAACUUUAUUUGGAGAUUUUACAUAAAUAUUAGUUACAUGAAUGGGUUACGAAUGUGUGUUUAAUUUAUUUCAUAUAAAGUGUUAAUGUGGCAUAUUAAGGGGUUAACACAGUAUAUGCUUGUAGUUUGUGGCUUCUAAUUAAACCUUCGCCAGCUCUAAUGUUGUGGGUCUAGCUAGCAUUUCAUAAUAUUUAUGCCUGCCUGGAGGUACUCUAUGGUAACUGUGUUAUUGCAGAGCCUGGCUGGGGUACUCUAUGGUAACUGUGCUAUUGCAGAGCCUGGCUGGGGUACUCUAUGGUAACUGCGCUAUUGCAGAGCCUGGUUGGGGUACUCUAUGGUAACUGCGCUAUUGCAGAGCCUGGCUGCGGUACUCUAUGGUAACUGUGCUCUUGAAGAGCCUGGCUGGGGUACUCCAUGGUAACUGCGCUAUUGCAGAGCCUGGCUGGGGUACUCUAUGGUAACUGUGCUAUUGCAGAGCCUGGCUGGGGUUCUCUAUGGUAACUGUGCUAUUGCAGAGCCUGGCUGGGGUUCUCUAUGGUAACUGUGCUAUUGCAGAGCCUGGCUGGGGUACUCUAUGGUAACUGUGCUAUUGCAGAGCCUGGUUGGGCUUCUCUAUGGUAACUGUGCUAUUGCAGAGCCUGGCUGGGGUUCUCUAUGGUAACUGUGCUAUUGCAGAGCCUGGCUGGGGUACUCCAUGGUAACUGCGCUACUGCAGAGUCUGGCUUGGGUACUCUAUGGUAACUGUGCUAUUGCAGAGCCUGGCUGGGGUACUCUAUGGUAACUGCGCUAUUGCAGAGCCUGGCUGGGGUACUCUGUGGUAACUGUGCUAUUGCAGAGCCUGGCUGGGGUACUCUAUGGUAACUGCGCUAUUGCAGAGCCUGGCUGGGGUACUCUGUGGUAACUGUGCUAUUGCAGAGCCUGGCUGGGGUACUCUAUGGUAACUGCGCUAUUGCAGAGCCUGGCUGGGGUACUCUGUGGUAACUGUGCUAUUGCAGAGCCUGGCUGGGGUACUCUAUGGUAACUGCGCUAUUGCAGAGCCUGGCUGGGGUACUCUAUGGUAACUGUGCUAUUGCAGAGCCUGGCUGGGGUACUCUAUGGUAACUGUGCUAUUGCAGAGCCUGGCUGGGGUACUCUAUGAUAACUGCGCUAUUGCAGAGCCUGGCUGGGGUACUAUAUUGUAACUGUGCUAUUGCAGAGCCUGGCUGGGGUACUAUAUUGUAACUGCGCUAUUGCAGAGCCUGGCUGGGGUACUCUAUGGUAACUGCGCUAUUGCAGAGCCUGGCUGGGGUACUCCAUUGUAACUGCGCUAUUGCAGAGCCUGGCUGGGGUACUCUAUGGUAACUGUGCUAUUGCAGAGCCUGGCUGGGGUACUCUAGGGUAACUGUGCUAUUGCAGAGCCUGCCUGUGGUACUUUAUCCUGGUGUAGAUAGUACCCACCUAGCAGCAUGAGCCACACACCUUGGACCACAAAAACAAGGGAAAUCAGGGGUAGAGUUAAGCAUGUGAAAUAUCUCCUGCCUGGCCUCAAGCUUCCUGUUUAUCUGAAAGUUUGGGCAUUUCUCCAGGCCAUUAAGCCACUUCUGGAUCCUUGCUGUCCCUUCUCAUUAAAUCGCUUUUAACAGCCACCACACAGUGAUACGAUUUGCGCAUUAAAAAGGCAUUCUAUGUAUGUUCCUGUGAUUUAAAGGACGAGUCACCUCAAAAAACAUUUAAUAACCAUUUUGUCAAGUAUUGAAAGGAAAUAGUUUUUUUUUUUUAAUUAAGUAUAUGAGAGAAAAAAAGAGCACUCACCUACCUUUUAGUAUAGGACAGGAUCCUUCAGCCAUAUUCAGGUACCUUGGUCAGACCGUAUUUGACGCUCCGAUGACCUCAUGGAUCGGUUUGAUAAGGUUCUGUCAUCUGGAACUCUAAGAUGGCAUUUUAAAAUAGGAAACAAGCCCUGCCUAUUUACACUUACCUGUACUACUUAUAGUUGCCCUGUUGUGGUUCUAGUUGGUCCAGUAGCUCGUUCUUCUACAUUCAGUUUCUCUGGUUUCCAACUUUCUUGGCUUCUUGACUCCUUAGACCUUGACCUGUUUACUGUUUAUCCUGUUUUCUCCUAUCCUGGACCUUGGCUAUUACUCUGACUCUGUUCAGCGUUAGCCCGGUCACUUAAAGGACACGGCUAGUCUCUCCGUUGUCGUGUUUUGGGCCUGUGUGAUUUGGUUCCUACCUCAUACAGACAGAAGGAUCCUGUCCUAUACUAAAAGUACGGAUGAAUUUCUCAUUUGUUUACAUAUACUUCUUACAGGAAAAUCUAUUAUUCUAUUAAGGAAAUGUUUAUUAUAUUGAAAAAAAUGUUGAGGUGACUGUUGCCCUUUAAAGAGAUUCUAUAGUGCAAGGAAUACAAAAUUGUUUUCCUUACACAAUGCAAUAGAUCCCUCUACCCCACCUCCCCCUGCAUUGCAAGGUUUAAAAACCCCUUUGAGUACUUAUCCGAUUCCAGCGCUGAUCUCAAUCUGAGCUGUGUCUGCGCACCGCCUCCUGUGAUGUCACAUGAUAGGGGAGCUAAUGCGCAUGCGCGAUGAGUGCUGCAAGCAUUAGGCCCUCUCUAUAGGAAAGCAUUGCUUCAAUGCUUUACUAUAGGGAUUUAACUGACACUGGAUGUCCUCAUGCAGAGCAAAAGUCGCAUAACCACCAGGAAGUGUCUUUAGUGGCUGUCUGAAUGACAGCUACUAGAGGCAGAAUUAGUCUUGUAACUUUUACAGACAUCGUCCCAAUUUCCAAUUAAUUGUAACUCUUAUUAAACUUGCUAUAUAUCUCCUUCAGUUCUGCAAGAUAUGUAGAUAUAGUGUCACUUUAAAAAUUACAAUUCCGCCAAGGUGACACCUAGGGAUUAUUACCAAAAGACGCGUUUGUUUAAUGAAAUGUUGUAAUAAUCUUAUUGUUUCAACAUGUUUAUGUCAAUAUUUGUAGUUUAACUAGUUCCAGGAAUGUGUACUUCAGAGUAAAGUUAGCUACAACUUAGUGUUAGAGGAACACUCAAUUUCAUUUUUGAUUACUUUUUAGUAAAUAUACCAACAAAGAAUACAAUUUCUUUUUCUGCAAGUUUUCUUUUGGGGGUAUAAAAAAACCAAAAAACGCUUGAGCUGCAGAUAAUGCUGUCUGUCUGUGCAGCCUUUGCAAGUUCUCUCUUUUUCCCCGACAUUCACUUUCAGUCUGUGCAAAAAAAGAAAAAGUUACAAAUGCAUAUUUUUUUUUUGUCUUGUAACCACAAAAUUUGAGAAUGAGAAUGGGAGUGUGAGACGGUGGGAGGGGUAGGGGGUUGAUAAAUUUAAAACAUCGACAUUUUUUAAAAAAAUUGCUCCAAUUCGAAGUAUGCUCUAUAGACGUUUGUAUUUUUUUUCCGAACAUUGUUAUUGUUUACUUAAUACUGUAUACAGGUGAUACUCGAAAAAUUAGAAUAUCGUGCAAAAGUUCAUUUCUUUCAGUAAUGCAACGUAAAAGGGGAAACUAAUAUAUGACGCAUUACAUGCAAAACAAGAUAGUUCAAGCCGUGAUUUGUCAUAAGUGCGAUGAUUAUGGCUUACAGCUCAUGAAAACCCCAAAUCCACAAUCUCCGUAAAUUAGAAUAUUGUGAAAAGGUGCAAUAUUCUAGGCUCACAGUGUCCCACUCUAAUCAGCUAAGAACGCCAUAACACCUGCAAAGGGUUCCGGAGCCUUUAAAUGGUCUCUCAGUCUGGUUCAGUAGGAAUCACAAUCAUGGGGAAGACUGCUGACCUGACAGUUGUGCAGAAAACCAUCAUUGACACCCUCCAUAAGGAGGGAAAGCCUCAAAAGGUAAUUGUGAAGGAAGUUGGAUGUUCCCAAAGUGCUGUAUCAAAGAAUUAAUAGAAAGUUAUAUGGAAGGGAAAAGUGUGGAAGAAAAAGAUGCACAAGCAGCAGGGAUGACCGCAGCCUGGAGAGGAUUGUCAGGAAAAGUCCAUUCAAAUGUGUUGGGGACUUUCACAAGGAGUGGACUGAGGCUGGAGUCAGUGCAUCAAGAGCCAUCACACACAGACGGAUCCUGGACAUGGGCUUUAGAGGUCAUAUUCCUCUUGUCAAGCCGCUCCUGAAAAACAAACAACGUCAGAAGCGUCUUACCUGGGCUAAGGAAAAACAGACCUGGUCUGUUGCUCAGUGGUCCAAAGUCCUCUUUUCUGAUGAGAGCAACUUUUGCAUCUCAUUUGGAAACCCAGAGUCUGAAGGAAGAAUGGAGAGGCACACACUGCAAGAUGCUUGAAGUCCAGUGUGUGUGUUGAUUUGGGGAGCCAUGUCAUCUGCUGGUGUUGGUCCACUGUGCUUCAUUAAGUCCAGUGUCAAUGCAGCCGUCUACCAGGAGAUUAUGGAGCACUUCAUGCUUCCUUCCGCAGACGAGCUUUAUGGGGAUGCUGACUUCAUUUUCCAGCUGGACUUGGCACCUGCCCACACUGCCAAAAGCACCAAAGCCUGGUUCAAUGACCGUGGGAUUACUGUGCUUGAUUGGCCAGCAAACUCGCCUGACCUGAACCCCAUAGAGAAUCUGUGGGACAUUGCCAAGAGAAAGAUGAGACAUGAGACCGAACAAUGCAGAAGAGCUGAAGACCACUAUUGAAGCAUCCUGGUCUUCCAUAACGCCUCAGCAGUCCCACAGGCAGCUUCCAUGCCAUGCCGCAUUGAGACAGUAAUUGCUGCAAAAGGGGCCCAAACCAAGUACUGAGUCCAUAUGCAUGCUUAUACUUUUCAGAGGUCCGAUAUUGUUCUAUUUACACUCCUUGUUUUAUUGAUUGCAUGUAAUAUUCUAAUUUACUGAGAUUGUGGAUUUUGGGUUUUCAUGAGCUGUAAGCCAUAAUCAUCGCACUUAUGACAAAUCACGGCUUGAUCUGUCUUGCUUUGCAUGUAAUGCGUCUAUCUCAUAUAUUAGUUUCCCCUUUUACGUUGCAGUACUGAAAUAAAUGAACUUUUGCACCAUUUUCUAAUUUUUCCAGUAUCACCGGUAUGGUAUAUCUUAUGUUCGGAUGUACUCAUAAAACCCAUAAUUUUGAAACUCGCACUUUUAUAAAUUGUUGGGGGAAAAAAUGGUACUCCAGACAAUCUGAAAUGCGUUAACUUGUUUUAAAUGUAAUUCAUUUUAUUUUUUUAUGUGAUUUAUCUGUUUUCCUGAAAAAAAAAUAAAAAAAUUUAAAUGACCUCACAAUCCAGUUUAUUCCUGGCACACAUUUGAAAAUGUCCAGGAGAAAUAGAUCCCCAUUUUCUUUCUCCUUGCCUCUAUGCAGACUAAUAGGUUCAAAGAGCAGAAUUUAUAACAAUGAUUGACAGCGAGUCCAGAUGGCGUCACUUCAUUCCAGGGUAGUCGAGAUAAAGAAAGGAAUGAAUGGGUGAAUGUAAUUCUAUUUUCAGACUACACAAACACAUUAAAUAAAUAAACAUUGCAUUUAAAAAUCUGGAGAACCACUCGCUUUCCCUUCUAACAUGUACUUUGAAAUUAUUGUUUUUGCUCCCGUGCAUUGUUUGCGUUGUUUGCCUUUGUUCUUGUUUUGCCUUAUUGAGCGAUAAGGUUCCAUGCCUUACUAGUAUGCACAUUAUCUGGCCUAUAGCUGCUCUUUAAUUGGCAAAAUAGUAACACUUUGACAAGGUGCCAAUAUUGUAAUGCAAGUGGUAACAUGCAGAAUUAUAUUACAUUGCUCAAUGUAGUUUGCCACAGCAAAUAGUUUUAAUUUGUAGUAUUCUCGCAGGUCCCCUAAUCCUUGUCUUUCCAUUGCUGUCAGGAUUACAGAAUGAUCCAGCACGUAGAAUUGUGUAACACAGGAGACAGAUAGGUAACGUAUACCGGCCCUUAGAAUGGCCGGACUAACGUACCAAAGAAUAGUCAGGAAUAGCUGAGGUCAGGGGAUACAGAAAGAGACACAAUGAUAAGGAAAAGCCAGGAGUCAGGGAUACAGAAUACAGGGAAGUCAAAAACAAUGCCAAAGUCAAAUAACCAGAAUUAAUAACGCGCUCUCGGACAACCACAAGGGAAACCACGACAGGGCACUGAGCAGGAUGAGAACUGAGCCUAAAUACCCCUCCUCUAGAUCUGAUAGGCUGUAACCGGCCUUUGACCCCAAAGUCAGUUACCAGGUUCCCAUUUGCAUAAUUGCUGCUCCGCAUUAACCUUCUGUGGAUUUUGUUGCUGCUUGGCACAACUUUUCCUGUGUGGACAGUAAAUGAAAUUAACCACAUUUUUAUAAGCGGAUUAAUACGUGACAAUUGCAACGUGAGACAGGCAGCAGCUUCAAUCCACCUCCUCAUUUUGAAUCCCGUUUGCAGAGCAAUGUUUAGUGUUUGGACAGUUUGCGGAGUUAAUCAUGAGUAUUUUACUGAAUUCUAAUUACCCUGUGUACUUAAAUCGCACGUUGCGGGCUUUGCAAACAUUAGGCCCGACCCCUUCCACAGUGCUACGAGCCGUACGUUCCGGUUAUCAUGGCAAAAUUGGUACUAUAGAGAAAUAAAAUAGCCCUCGUCAGGAGAGGUUACAUUUGGCCUGAGGGAAUGGGGCGUCUAUGAAUAAAUAGCGUUGGUGAGCUCAAACUAGCAAAUUCCACUCCGUUUGUUAAUUAUAUCUUAAAAUUAUUAAACGAAUACGGUGAGGACAGGAAUACAAUAACAUUAAUUAGAAUACACCUACAUCUUAUCGUUUAGUACGGCAUCAACACAAUUCUCUCUAAAGCUAGUGGCCAAAGCUAGUGGCUAGUGCCCCCCCCCCCCCCUUCGUACCCUGUUUGUGAUGGGCACAGCAGGAGAAAGCUUACAGAGUAACAGUGACUCGGAGGUAAGGUUAUAACUCGGGGGAUAUCACUUUUUUAUGGUUUGCCACCAAGAUACUUUAUUAAAGGUUUUGGGUAAACCUUUCAAACAGAUUCCCAGUUGUCUAUGCCGAGACAAAAGAAAAUAAUUACAAGGAUUUUGACCUCGAGUAGGCAAAUCUUUCUGUCAUGACAGUCCUGACUAGUGUUGAUCCUGUGAUGGUUAAAAAGGUAGAGAACUAUUUCACUAUAUCAUCAUAAGUGAAGUAGUUGGAUCUAAAAAGGAGAAUAAAGUAAUUCUCGUAAGAGACUUCCCCCCUUUUAUUUUAUUUUUUUAAAGUAAUUAUUAUUUAUUUUUUAUUCCUAGUCUUUCUUGUACCAUAGCACUUUUAAGAAUUGUCGAAUAAUUCCUGCCCAAGAUUUAUACAUUUUACAUUGAAAUGUUUGUAAUUGUCCUUUUGUACUAUUGAAAAUAAAGAACUAAAUAGUUAGAAAAUGAGUAGCUGCUGAUAGUGAGGAAUUUUUUUCCAUCAGGAAUUCCCCCCUUGCCGUGGUCUUUCUUAUCAAUUUGGAACUCUCUGUAUUUCUCGUUGUCACCAAACCAGCUGGUGAUGAGCCCCAAUGAACGAGACAAGACAAUGUAAGGUUCGAGGUGACUUCUGACGUUUAAUGGGCUGUGUAACCGGUUAUAUUCAAGAGGAAACAGGGGUGGUCUUACAAGCCUUAUCCAAUCCUAACAAAAUCCUCUAUCUUAUCUUAACAUCUUAACCUAUAGCAAGCUUGCCGGUGUUUCUGCAUGUUCAGGCCUUGCACACUAUAACUAAACAUUUAGAAUUAAUACGCACUUAGAAUUAAAGAUAUUUACUACGCAGUUCUAAAUUACACAUUACUAAGCAGUUAUGAUCAAAGGGAGAAACACAGGAGAUAAGGCCAACAGCAGAAACACACAGGAUAUAACACCUGUUACACAAUGUUCUAUAACUCAUGUCUAGGGGUAUAUUCACUAAGCAUUGGAUAUUAUUUCAAAUAGCUGACAUGCUCCAAGUUAGCCAAUUUUAAACACACUGAGCAUCCGGUCAUCUGUAGCUUGAGCCUUGGAUAAAUAUAGGCAAAGUGUAUUAUGCCCAACAGCUGCCAAUUGGGGAAGAUUGAGCGUGUCCUGGGACACGUGGAUAUGUUAAGCAGAAGAAUCUUUACACUCUCCCGGGGUGGACUGAUAUUUAUUAACAAAUUUAAAGCUUUGAGAACAACUGAAAAGUGAAUAGCAGAUUUUAGGCUAAAAUAAGAGGAUUUGGAAUAAUAGCUGUAUUGGAGAACCCUUUCUAUUUUGAUUUGAUUGGCCUUAAAUUUACAAUCUUUGGUUAACUUUGUAGGUUUAAAGCUGUCCGGAUUUCUUUAUAUAUUUUUUUUGCCAUGAUUUUGUAUCUCGUGAACUUUUAUUUUCUUUCGUUCUAUUCUGCUUCUCCCCUUUGUUCAGGGCUGUUUUCCUGAAAUGAUUAAUGUUGUUUUAAGUGAAAUUUGUGAACAUCAUCAAUGGAAAUUGAUAAACAAGCUGAAUUUUAUUUUGUUUUCCCCUUGGCCGCCUUUACAUCCCAUUGAUUAACUUCGAUCACAACAAAAUUUACUGCUCAUGAACACACUCUCCUAAAUGUUCAAAACAGACCAUGACCCUGUAGUUUCCAGAACGGUUUCACUAUAUAAUUAUCUUGUUUGUUUCAGAUCUGUUGUUGCAGCUAUGCAGCCAAAGGAUAUAAAGUACUGGAAUAAAGUACUGUACUGUUCUUCAGGCAGUAAAUAUCUUCAUAUAUUGAGCUGGCAAUGUGCCUGUGUGUAUAUGUAUCUGUAACGUGAUAUUUGUGUUAGCUUGUCUUUUAAAGGCUGGAGCUGAUUCCCAUCUUAAUAAUGCAUUAUUUUAAUAAAUCGUUAAAAAGUGCAAAAGAAAGACAUACCAAUGACAUUAUUGUUUUUGCAGCACAUAUGAGAUUUGCUGCUUCUGCAGUGAGCUCUGUUAGCCAAUCCUCGCCUGCUAAAGCGUAUCCAUAAACCUCUGAGAGGUUCCACUUAUCAGAAAAGACCAUGCGUACUCCUGCCCGAGCUUUCUCUGUGGUUCCAAUCAACGCUUUUAUGAAUGGAACUAUAGAUACAACGAAGUUUAUUUCCAGCUGUCUGUUAUAAGUAUUCGUGUAGUGACCCUGGGACGACGCUGCUAUUCUCACUAUAUCGUAUGUAAGGGAUAUAGGUGAUUGUGUAUUUUGGGAUACCUCUUUAAAUACUGUGAGCCCACUCCCUAUUGGCAGGGAUAAUUCAACUGUAAUGAGUGCGCCAUUGGCGAGGAACUUUUAGGCCGGAGUAGUAGCGUUGGACUUUAAAUGUAUGCUACCAUUACUUUUGGUAAUGGCUGUGCUCUUCCUCUUGCGACAAUCCUAUCGUCCAGACAGAUUUUAUUGCCAAAUAAAUAAAGUUUUAGUUCUUCUAUGAGUGUGAGUUGUUGGAGGUGUGAAUAUUGCAGAUUUUACUCUUUUGCUCUGUUAUAACAGAUCUGUAACUUUUGGGGUCUCUGGUUAGGAUCAGGUGACUGUGGUGAUGAGCUUUUACUUGCCUGAAACCAUCACUUGUCCUCACCUUCGUCUAUCUUCUUCCUCAUGGUCUUCUUCAGCUCCUAGUGCUUCAUUUGCCAGGAGCCCCAUGCCCAAGAGUACAACACUGAGGUUUAUGAAAAUCCUGCAGGAACAUCGCGUCUCACGAUGAGUGACACCAUGAAUGAAUCCCACAGCUGUCACUUGUGACGGCUGCUGGCAUUUGGCAAUAGCUGACUGUGGAGAUCUCCCUUUGGUCAACUUCCAACUUGCCAUAAGGCAAAGUAGUCCAUCCCUACUUUGUCUUACGGUAUCUUUGCAUUGUGUUGGAAUUUCAGUAACAUGUCAAUGCAGUCAGCAUCCGGAUUUCUUAAAAAGUAUAUCUUUUUGAAAUACUGAAAAGUGUCAGAUCCGCUUUAAAACCUUACCCCUAGUUCUAGCAUGUUAACCCAACGGCCAUAUUGUCGUGAUAACUUUUUUUUUUGCCAACUUUUGACCUAAAACUGAUUUGAAGUCAAGUGAUCAACGCAUGACUUGCUUAGUGAUAUUAAAGUAAACCGUUCAUCUGCAAAUUAAAUGCAUGACAAGUUCACUUUCAGAUAGUGAUUGAUUAAAAUGUGUAUGUUUGUUAUGCUUACAAAAAUCUAAAUAAGGGGGUGUGGGGGAGGAAUGAUCUUUCUUUCAUGCCGUUUGUGGUAAAUGUAGACUUACUUUUGUAAGCAAAUGGCCUAAUCAGAGCAGUCAUCUAAAUCUCAAACCAUCCUUUUUAAUUUAUACUUGUAGUUUGGAAAUUCACUGUGCCAGUAACAUUCCGUUGGAUUGCACCAUAUUUAUACACCAUUGCAUGAAAAUACGAUUGGGUAACAAUGUAUACAUUAUGUAAGCAGUGGGGUGUUGCACGCUGGUAUGCAUAGCACUGGAGCUCUGUGGUAGAGCUUACAAUGUUAUCUCAAUGUCAAAUAAAUAAACCUAAUGUUUUAACCCCUUAAGGACACAUGACGGGAAUAUUCUGUCAUGAUUCCCUUUUAUUCCAGAAGUUGUGUCCUUAAGGGGUUAAUUGAUGGAUUUACUUUAUUGGACAGUCCAGUUCAAAGACGCAAAAAGAUGUAGGUGAUAUUAGCUUAAAAACCUCCUUCAGUGGAAACAUUAGCACAGUGAGUCUUUAUCAAACUGUAAUACAGUUUUACAGUCAUAAGUCAGGAAUGAAAUAAGACGGAAAUGGUUGUGGUUGUUAUAGUGCUAGGAGUCUUGGCUGUGUUACACAGAAAAAACCUGUGGAGCAGCCUCUUACUGGUACCUUUACCCAAUAACCAGUACAAUUAGCUGUAGUGGCUAUAAUAGGUAAAGUGCCUCUUUAAUGCAUUUGAGAUAGCAGAGGGAUGCGGAACAUUACACUGACUGGUCUUUUACACAAUCAUGAUGAGAUCAAUCCAGUUUCAAGUGUCUUACAUGACUUUAGGUGGUUUCUAACUUAUGACUACCCAGGUGUACCCCCAAAAUUUUGCAUUGUCUAUUAUGUGCAGGUACAAUAAGUAAUGACUUACUUGACAGAUAUUUCAGAAGCCAUACAAUUUCAAUUAGUUAGUUCCUCCCCACCCAAAAUUAUUUCAAUUACUGGAAGAAAGUAGCAGUUGUGAAGCAACCACUGACUGUUUAUGCACUUUUGGCAUUUAAUACAUUUCUAUUUUGUUGAGGUAAGGAGGUUCUGAAAUAUCUUGUGGAUGUUUUAUCACGCAGGUACUAUACAUUCUUACACAGCUUGGAAACCACAAUUCUUGUUUCAAUGUAUCCUCCAAACGUAUAGAAACAAAACGGGCUUCUUGAAUAAUGGAUGAAGUGUGUGACACUUUAUAUGAUCCUGAUAUACAAACUAUAGCGGGGUUUAGUUAUUCCAGAAGGAAUCACAGAGAAUUGAAAACCUUCUUUAUUGAAUUUAAUUCUAGAUAGCCAGUCCAAUUACAAUUAGUUUUAAUGUACAUAGCUGUUUUAGUUUAAAAGUUCUUAUUUUGUAGGAGGAGGUAACCUUCCUGCAGUUCCUCUCUGCUCCUUGCGCGCUGUUCAGUGACAUGACGUCACUCCGGCCCCGGCAUCACUACAGACAGCGCGAAGGGGAGCAGAGAGAAACUGCAGGAAGAUUGAGAGGAGACACAUUGGACGCCAGGGAAAGAUCCACUCAGCUCUCCCAGAGAUAGGGAGGCUGGGUGGAUUUAAAUAAAAAUAAAAAUCGCAAUUUGUGUGUGUGUGUGCUGAAAGGGCCUGUAAAGCGUGCGUGUGCAUCUAGGGGUUUCAUUGUGAGUGUACGUGUAUUGGGGUUGCAUUGUGUGCUUAUCAAGGAGCUGUAAAUAUAGAUAUAUAUAUAUAUAUAUAUGAUGUGGUGGUAAAGGUAUGUGGGUGAAGAGAUGAUGUGUGUGAGGGGUGCACUGUGUGUGUAUGCAAAGGUGUACUCUGUGUUGGUGGGAGUGUACUAUAUAUGGGGGAUUCACUAUCUGUGAGGGUGUAGAGAGUGGGACAGUGAAGAGCUUUACAAUUUUUACUUUAAUAAUUGCAGGCAGGGGGUGGCACAAUCAGAUCCGUGGUAGCUGAGAAGGCUGCCUAUCCAUCUGGUACAGGGGAGGUCACGAGAUGAGAGUUAUCUCUCUUGGAGCUCAAGUACUUACACAGACUGACCCAUACACACACAAACCCACAGACUGACCCAUACACAAACAAACCCACAGACUGACCCAUACACACUCAAACACACAGAUUGACCCAUACACACUCAAACACACAGACUGACCCAUACACACACAUACACAAACACACAGACUGACCCAUACACAUACACAAACACACAGACUGACCCAUACACACACACAUACACAAACCCACAGACUGACCCAUACACACACCCAUACAAACCCACAGACUGACAAACACACAGACUGAGCCCCCCCUCCACACACACAGAAUGAACCCACCCAGUGCGGCUGCUGCUUGUGAAGGGAGACUCAGUGCUCCUGAUUUCAAUUGGGGGGAAAAUAAGGGGGGCACUGCAUGAUGUAGGGGAGGGGGGGGGGCAUGGCCCCCUCUGUAAUAAAUUCCUGUUUCUUCUUAAUUUUUCUGUGAUUUCUCCAGUUGAUUGAUAUUUACAUCUUUUGUAUGUAUAGUCUUGGGUCAAAGGCUCACUACAUUAAUAUACAUCUAUAUUAAUGAAAAGUACUAAUAUGCAAUCUGAUUUACGGAUUCUUAUGGUUUAUUCUUAGUUACUGAUACAUAAUAAAACAACAAAGGAUGUUACAGGAUAAUGGAUUUCAACAGCAGAUGGUAAUUGCUGGACUUCUGAAGGGAGAGUUACAUCGUUACAUAACUACAUCAAGAGAGAGACAGAGAUAGACCAAACAAAUAUUAGAAAGGUACAUUUCUCAGUAUGUACCAUUGGGUAAUAAAUAUAAAAGAAACAUAUUGAAACCAAUGUGGCUUAGUAGAGAAGUAAAACAAGAGAUUAAAAAUAAGAAAAGGGCAUUUAAAGCAUUUCAAUCAGACAAAUCAAAGGCAUCCUAUUUAAGACAUAAGGAAGCCAAUAAUGCUUGCAAAAAGGCAAUUAAAGUGGCUAAACUAGAAAAUGAGAAAUUGAUGGCUAAAGAAUGCAAAACCAACCACAAAUUUUUUUUCAAGUACAUCAAUUCUAAAAAAACAAAAAAUGAAAUUGUAGGUACGCUUGAAACAGAGUUGGGUUUAUUAGCUAAUGAAGACCAGGAAAAAGCAGAAAUUUUAAAUAACUAUUUUUCUUCAGUAUAUAUUAAUGAGGAUCCUAUGGCAAGAGAUAUGCAAAUGAUUGCUGCAAAAAACUUGCAAAUAACUUGUGAUUGGAUAACUCGAGACAAGGUGCUAUAGCUAUUAAAGAAAAUUAGUGUAAAUAAAGCUCCGGGGCCUGACGGUAUUCACCCACAAGUACUUAAGGAGCUAAGUGGGGAAAUAAGUGAACCUCUGUAUUUUUCAAGAUUCUUUUGUUUCAGGUGUUGUACCGGAGGAUUGGAGGAAGGCAGAUGUUGUUCCUAUAUUUAAAAAGGGUUCAAAAUCCUUGCCUGGAAAUUACAGACCUGUGAGCUUAACUUUUGUAACUGGGAAAAUAUUUGAAGGGCAAUUAAGGGAUAAUAUUCAGGAAUUCAUUGGGAAGAACUUUGUUAUUAGCAAUAAUCAGCAUGGUUUUAUGAAACAUCGGUCAUGUCAAACUAACCUAAUUGCAUUCUAUGAAGAAGUAAGUAGAAGUAUAGAUCAGGGUGUUGUAGUGGAUGUGAUCUACUUGGAUUUUGCCAAGGCAUUUGAUACUGUUCCUCACAAUAGGUUAGUCUUCAAACUAAAAGAAAUUGGUCUAGAUGAAUAUUCUUGUUCUUGGGUAGAACAUUGGCUUAAGGAUAGAGUACAACAAGUUGUAAUUAAUGGUAAAUUUUCAGGCUGGACAAAAGUGGUAAGUGGUGUCCCUCAGGGUUCUGUUUUGGGACCACUUCUAUUUAACAUAUUUAUAAAUGAUCUUGAAAUAGGCAUUAAAAGCCAUGUAUCAGUGUUUGCAGAUGACACAAAACUUUGUAAAGUAAUAAAAUGUGAGCAGGAUACUGCUUUGCUGCAGAGAGAUUUGGAUAGAUUGGGGGACUGGGCACUAAAAUGGCAGAUGAAAUUUAACAUAGAGAAAUGCAAAGUUAUGCACUUUGGGGUUAAGAAUGCACAAGCAAUUUACACACUAAAUGGUAGUGAAUUAGGGAUAACCACACACGAGAAGGAUUUGGGAAUUGUUAUAGACAACAAAUUAGGCAGCAAUAUGCAAUGUCAAUCUGCAGUUGCUAAGGCCAGUAAGAUUUUGUCAUGUAUAAAUAGGGGCAUAAAUUCUCAGGAUGAAAAUAUAAUUUUGCCCCUUUAUAAAUCGCUGGUAAGACCACACCUUGAAUAUGCUGUGCAAUUUUGGGCGCCUGUUCUAAAGAAGGAUAUGAUGGCACUGGAGAGGGUCCAGAGACAAGCUACAAAAUUGAUAAAAGGAAUGGAGCAUUUUAGUUAUGAAGAAAGGUUAAAAAAAAUUAAAUCUGUUUAGUUUGGAAAAACGGCACCUGAGAGGGGAUAUGAUAACUUUAUACAAAUAUAUUCGGGGCCAGUACAAACCUUUAUCUGGAAAUCUAUUCAUAAACAGGGCUAUACAUAGGACACGAGGUCACACAUUUAGUAUGGAAGAAAGGAGAUUUCAUCUAAGGCAAAGAAAAGGUUUUUUUACAGUAAGAACAAUAAGGAUAUGGAAUUCUCUGCCUGAAGAGGUGGUUGUGUCAGAGUCCAUACAGAUGUUUAAACUGAAAUUGGAUAAAUACUUACAAAAAAAUAACAUACAGGGAUAUAAUUUCUAAUUAGUGGGGUAAUAGCUGCUUGAUCCAAGGAGACAUCUGACUGCUAUUUUGGGGUCAAGAAGGAAUUUUUUCCUAGUUUGUGGCAAAAUUGGAAGCGCUUCAGACCAGGUUUUUUGCCUUCUUUUGGAUCAAAAGCAGCAACAUUUGUAAGGAAGGCUGAACUUGAUGGACGCAAGUCUCUUUUCAGCUAUGUAACUAUGUAACUAUAUGACCUUGUGUCCCUUUAAGUUACUAUAUAGAUGUUCCCAUAAUGACGUCAGACUAUAACUCUAGCCAUAUAAGGACAAGACCGCCAACCCACAUUCCUGACUUCUCAUACAAGAAAACCCUGUGACUUAUUGAUAACAUCUGUUACUUAUGUCAAUCCAUACAUCCAUAAAUAAUCAACAGAAACAUAGAAUAUGCAGCAUUCUACACCCUCCUAGUGACACCACUGUAUUUUACACUGCAGAGUUAAAGGACCACUAUAGGCACCCAGACCACUUCAGCUCAAUGAAGUGGUCUGGGUGCCAGGUCCAUCUAGGAUUAACCCUGCCUGCUGUAAACAUAGCAGUUUCAAAAAAACUGCUAUGUUUACCUAUGGGUUAAUCCAGCCUCUAGUGGCUGUCUCAUUGACGCGCAUUCAGCCGAUGACGGGGAAGGGAGGUGGAGAGUCGAGUCGGGAGGCGGUGGAGAAAAGGUAUGUGAUUAACCCCUUCCUCACCCUAGAGCCCGGCGGGAGGUGGACCCUAAGGGUGGGGGGGACCUAGAGACCCUAUAGUGCCAGGAAAACAAGUUUGUUUUCCUGGCACUAUAGUGGUCCUUUAAAACCACGAGGCCACUGAACCCAGACCACGUCAUUGAGAUGUGCAUUUAAUGGUGCCUGUAGAAUACUCCUGAAAAACCUCAGCUCACAUUCGUUGGAGGUCAAUUAACCAGCACCAAAAGUCUCAAUACUUUUUAAUCUAAAGGUCUAUGAAUUACAGUAUCACGUUACACUGCUGCACUGUAACCUAAAUGAAUACAGACUCCAACAUGUCAAUGUACAUUGAUUUACAUAAUAGUUCCCCUUUAACAUUUCAUUCGUCCUUGUAUUGAAAAGUCCAAAGCAGAUGGUCAUUUUUGUAGCUGGUUAGGACCGUAGGCUCUGUAAACAUUAGUGAAUCCUUUCUUGCAUUGGGUGAUAUGAAUAUCUUAAUGAGUGGAAGAAAUCUGUGUGUGAAUGGGUUGCAGAUUAUUAUGGGAUUAGUCUAUAUUGACGUGCAAUUAUCUCCCUUUGUAUAGUUACUGUUUGCAUAGAUGUAUUUACCUUUACGCUUGUCUGGAGAGAUCAUAUAUCGCUCUUGUCAAUAUUUAGUAGAGCAGGUUUAGUGCAGGUGAGAAAUGUUGUUUGCUACAAAGCCUAAUCUAGUGAAUAAUAAUAAAUUAAAAAUAUCAUUAAAACUAGUGAAUAAUAAUAAAAAAUAUCAUUAAACAUUUAUAUUAAUCAUUAGAAUUAAAGGCACACUCCAAGCACCAUAACCACUACAACACACUGUAGUGGUUAUAGUGGCUGGUAUGCCCUGGCACAGUCUCUUGUAAGUAUUUAAACAUUUUACAAAUGUUUUUCUUCUUUCUUCUCAUCUGCUACCGGGUACCGCUCUUCAUCUCCUCUCCGCUUCCUGGACACAAGCUAUUAGCUUCCGUUAGCUCUGCUGAGCUAGUUCAUAGGCUGAGCCCAUCAACUUAUUGCUCUCAGCCAAAGAGCUUAACCCUGCACCAGGCUACAGAGAAGACAGGGAGCAGUCGCUCCAGGUAAGAAGUCAAAGUGUUCAUAAGCGGUUUGACUGGUUACAUUGGCGCCAGGGUACUCUUGACACCACAACCACUACAGUGCACUGAAGUAGUUAUAGUGCUUGGAGUGUUCUUUUAAAAAUGUUCUAUUUAGAAGUGGGGAAAAAUAUUUCUAACAUUGAAUGGAGAAGAAAAGGGCACAGUAAUGAUUAUCUUACUUACACUUAAGAAAACAUUUUAAAAAUAUUUUUUCCCUCUUUAAAGGGACUCUCCAGUGCCAGGAAAAUAAACCAGUUUUCCUGGCAUGCACAAUCCUGCAGUGCCCCUCUCUCACCACCCCCAUCCCAUAUCGCUGAAGGGGUUAAAACUAAGGGGUUCAGCUAUUUACAUGAAUCCAGCAUUGAUGUCCCUCAGCGCUGGGUCAGGCGCUGCCCACGCUCCUCCCUUGCCAACGUCAGCCAGCGGGGGAGACCUAACGCGCAUGCAAAGACGGCGCGUGCGCCUCAGACCUCCCCAUAGGAAAUCAUUAUUCAAUGGGGAAGAUCUGACGCUGGAGGUUCGUGAGGAUGUCCAGCGUCAGAUAACCAACCAAAGGUCGGUUUGGAUUCCAGAAGCCCUCAGAAGGCAGACUUCGAGCUGCAAUGUAAACAUUGCAGUUCUCUGGAAAUGCAAUGUUUUACAUUGCAGCACUAAGUGCAAAAGGGCCCAGCACCCAGACCACUUCAAUUAGCUAAAGUGAUCUCGGUGCCUGGAGUGUCCUUUUAAGUAUUUUCCAUUCUCAGACACUGAGGAAUGAAUUGCGCCAUUCUUUCUAUUUUAGGAAUGCCAAUGUGUAUCGCCUGUCAUGUGACGAUUAAAUCCCUGUAUUAGAGCUAGACUGCUUUAAUGUACAUGUACAGAAUGGAUUGAAUUGAGACCGGACCAAUCUUUCGUUCUAAAAUAGUUAGUACAAAAAAAAGUUUUAUUAAAAAUUCUGCUGGACUCUGUGUGAUAGAAUCUUCUAUCUAGAGUUAAGCUUUGCCGUUAGAAUUUCUCUGUGAAAUCUAGUGUAUCCUCGGUGGAAUAAGUGCUUGUUCCCGUCAACAAUAUAUACACCCCACUGGGAAUUCUAACUGCAACGUUCUCAUGCCCUGGGAGUUCAUUAUUGGCUUUCUCUGUUUAUUCUCCGUCCGAUUACUGAAAAUUCAGUCUGCGUAUCUUUAUUUCCUCCAGGGUCCCAAAGAUAACUGCUAUAAUUAAUACGCGCUGCCUAAUAACGGUGGGCGUUACACUCCAGGUAGUAGUCACAAUUCAGUCUCCCUGUCGUUAUUCACAUGCUUCUAAAAAAAAAAUUAAAAAAAAAAUUAAGGCACUGGGGUAUAUUUAUCAAACUGUAGUAAUCUGAAAAGUGGGGCAAUGGUAGGGGGGACAAAUGACGACAUCAGGCUCCUCCGUCCAGCCCUCGAGAGGUUAAUGUGAAGUGAUAUAAGAAUUGUUCUUUAUGUCCUUGUUAUCUAACUACACUUUUUUGGUUUUCUUUCCUUCUGGUUGAACUCAAUGCCCUUUACUGGUAUAUGGUUUUAUUAGCAUAUUAAAUGUAAAUUCUCGCUCAUUCCCAAGUCCGAUGAUACCAGCGUUUUGAAACUCUGUGUCACACGUGUCACAAUGGAUGAAAUUCAGUGUUGCCUAAUCUGUUGAGUGAUUACAAAAACUAACACUUUACGGUAGUUCUCCAAACGUGCAAUGCUGGGGGAUUUAAUCACAUUUUCUGCCUUGUGAUUUCCUUUAUUUGGUAGAAUUGAUGAGAAAUUGUUGUCAUUAAUUUUCUGCAGAGUAUUUUGAAAACGUUCCUCUAAUUAACUUUACCUGUGUACUUUCAACAACUGGACAAAGUUACACAUUUGCACAACGUUACUUACCCUGCUACUGCUCUCAAAAUCACAAAAAAGAUAUGUAUUUAAUUUUUAUUUUUUAUUCUAAGAUUGUGUUCAACCAAGAACCAAUGGAUGAUCUUUUUGGUUGAACCCUUUGUGUUCCAGCGGUGUGCCCGAACACAUGACAGAGCAGUUUGCUGGACACACCACUGUCUGUCAAAUGGGUAAUUGGGUGUCCAAAGUAAUAUAUUUUUUAAUUCUUUAUUUUUCAUUGUGCAAGUAAUAACAAAGCAUCUUACACUGCCACGACAGCAUGAGCAAGCAUAGUUUUGACACGGUUGUACAUUUGUAUGACAGUUUGGUCUCGGCACAAUUUUUAAAAUAUAAAGAUAGACAAGCUGUUAUAACACGUUUGCUGCAGGUCUCGACAAUUUUUAGCACUUAACGUUUCACAAAGAAGAGAGGUAAUAGACGUGACCUGCAUAAAAUAAUGAUUAGCACUCUAUGUAACACGUUGAAGUUACACGGGUUUAAGUCCCAGGCCAUAGGUUUCCAUGCGUUCUGCCAGUACGUUAAUAUAUUAGCUAGAGCAUCAUAGGCAUAGGUGGAGCAUAUAUAUUGGUAAGGCUGUAUUUUUAAGCAGUAUUAGUAGUACUAGGAGAUAGGUAGUUUGCAAUUGUGGGUACUUUGGUUGUCAUUUGAGAGAUGUGCUCACAUACCCCAAUGAGACUACAGAUGUAUUACACAGGAAGAAAUAAAAGAGGAAUGAGCAACAAGAUAGCGUUCGUUUUAUGGCCAUAGAGUUUGUACAGUUUAGACACUUUACCCGAUGCCUGCCUGUGGGUGUACAGUGUCCCGCAUCCAUGUUGCUUGCCGCAGGCUCUCCCGGCUCGCAGUGGGUUGACAGGUGGGAGCUGUCGGUGGAGGGGUGCCACCUCGUGCCUUCUUGGUGUUGUGCCUUCUGUUGUAUCCCCACCGAUGUUGCGGCGGUCUCUCAGAAAGGUUCUCAUCCCUUGCUCUGUGAGUGCAAGCAGGGUUGCGAGCAGGCUGGAGGCGUCGUCGUCUCCGGCGCCAUUUUCCUACACUCUUCUGCUUGGGGGUAGCUUGUCGAUGGCAGGAGCUGGGUGAUGGUACGUCGGGUAAGGUGACUUUUGCAGACCACGGUUAAACAUCUCGGGUUGCUGUGCACCGAUUCUCAAUCGGGAAGUAUCCAGAGAUUCAGUGAGGCCCUCUGAGCUCAGGUAUGGCAAGCUCGUGUAGGUGCGAGCCUUUAACAACGAGUUUUGGGCGAUUUUUCAGUUUUGGCUGCAGGAGCUCAGCAAUCGUGCGUCUACUCAGGAAGCCAGUUAGGCUCCGCCCCCCCAAAGUAAUGUUUUGGUAAACUUAUUGGUGUCCCUGGAAGCCUAAGAUUUAUGGGAGUAACUUUAUUCCAUUAAUUGCAUAUAAAAGACAGAAGGAAAAGGAUAUCUGGCACCAUAACCACUUCAAUAAGCUGACAUGUUGGUGUUGGCUUGAGUAUCCCUUUAAUCAAUAUUGUUAAAAAAAACAAAAAAAAACUGAUAUUAAAUUCCCCCUGCAUAAUCCUUGCAGUUCUUUACUAGUGUUUUGUAUCUUGUUAGUUUUUACCAGGCAGUAGAAUGAUUUACAAAGAAAAUGUGAUUUCGUAGUAGUUUAUCAUUUACCCCACACAAGUCUUACUAUUUUUUUCAAUGUAUUCAUCUAAAAUUGUACCAUGUUGACAGGUACCGGUGUGUGUGUGCUAUCACCAGGGCCGGACUGGGAAAAAAAUUAGGCCCGGGCAUUUUUCAAUUAGAGCGGCCCCCCAAGAAGGGGGUGGGGCCAGAGAGGGUGUGUUUUGUCAUCACUAAUGACAACACGCCCCCUCUCAAAGUGAGCAUGUUGGUUCAAUGCACAGAGCCCCGCUGAAGAGCUCUAGCAUUAGAAAAAGGCCCUGAAUUUGUUCUGCACUGCGCAAGCAAAUGUAAUAACAUGCUUGCGCUGUGUUAGCUUUUACAUUGUCUCUGGUGUCUCCACAAGUGGGAUACCAGAGGACAAAAGGGCCAGGAAAGUGUAUGGUGCAUGUGUUUGGAGCCUGCUUGUGGGAUUGCCUGUGUGUGUAGAGUGUGGUGUGGUAUUGUGUAAAUAGGUCAAUUUUGUGGUGUAAUAUGUGUGGCUAGGGGUUGUAGAGAGUGCGUGUAUAGGGGCAUAGUGUUAUAGGGGAUGUAGCGAGUGUGUACAUAUGGGCAGUAGUGUGUGUGUAUAGGUGACGUAGUGUGUGUAGGGGUUGUAGAGAGGGUGUGUUUAGAGAAUGUUGUAUGUGUUUGCUUACAAGGAAUGUAGUGUGUGUGUAGGUGGUGCAGUGUGUGUGUAAGAGAUCUAGUGUGUAAAGGACCCAGAGUGUGUAUAGAAGAUUGUGUGUGUGUGUGUGUGUGUGUGUAGAGGAUUAAGAGUGCAUAUAGGGUAAGGGAUCUAGCGUGUAUCUGGAGCGUUAUGUGUGUAGUGGUGCAGUGUGAGGGGUGCUGUAGUGUGUGUGUGUAUAUAUAUUUAGAAUAUAUUUGGACGUAUUGUAUGUGUGAGGUGCGCAGUGUGUUUGUGUAAGAGGGGUGCUGUGUGUGAGGGUGUUUUUAUCUGCCGUCACAUUCUAGGUUUCUAAUUUUCUUUGUCUGUUAACUCACUGAGGGUUAUUUUAUAUAUAUAUGUGUGGGAGUGAGGGUGCUGUCCGUCUGAGGGUGCUGUCUGCGUCUGAGGGUGCUGUCUGCGUCAGAGGGUGCUGUGUGUGUCUGGGGGUGCUGUGGGUGUCUGGGGGGUGCUGUGGGUGUCUGGGGGAUGCUGUGGGUGUCUGGGGGAUGCUGUGGGUGUCUGGGGAUGCUGUGUGGGUGUCUGGGGGUGCUGUGUGUGUGUCUGGGGGUGUGUGUGUGUCUGGGGGGUGUCUGGGGAGUGGUGUGUGUGUGUGUGUGUCAGGUUUUGUUUGUGUCUGGGGGGUGCUGUGGGUGUCUGGGGUGCUGUGGGUGUCUGGGGGAUGCUGACUGUGUGUGUGUCUGGGGUGCUGUGUGUGUGUGUGUCUGGGGGGUGCUGUGGGUGUCUGGGGGUGCAUUUGUGUGUCUGGGGGGUGCUGUUUUGUGUGUGUCUGGGGGGUGCUGUGGGUGUCUGGGGGUGCUGUGUGGGUGUCUGGAGUGCUGUGGAUGUCUGGGGGUGCUGUGGGUGUCUGGGGGUGCUGUGUGUGUGUCUCUGGGUGUGCUGUGUGUGUCUGGGGGUGCUGUGUGUGUGUCUGGGUGUGCUGUGUGUGUGUCUGGAGGUGCUGUGUGUGUAUCUGGGGGUGCUGUGUGUGUGUCUGGGGGUGCUGUGUGUGUUUCUGGGGUUGCUGUUUGUGUCUGGGGUGUUGUGUGUGUUUGGGUGCGCUGUGUGUGUCUGGGGGUGCUGUUUGUGUCUGGGGGGUGCUUUAUUGGGUGUCUGGGGGUUUUGUUUGUGUCUGGGGGUGCUACUGUGGGUGUCUGGGGGAGAUUGCUGUGUGUCCGUGUCUGGGGGUGCUGUGUGUGUGCCUGGGGGGUGCACUGGUGUCUGGGGGUGCUGUGGGUGUCACAAGGGGUGCUGUGUGUGUGUCUGGGGGUGCUGUGUGUGUCUGAGGGGGUGCUGUGGAGUGUCUAGGGGGUGCUGUUUGUGUCUGGGGGGUGCUGUUGUGUCACAGAGGUGCUGUGUGGAGUGUCUGAGGUGCUGUUUGUGUCUGGGGGGGUGCCGCUGUGGGUAUGCUGGGGGGUGCUGUGUGGGUGUCUGGGGGGUGCUGUGUGUGUGUCUGGGUGGUGCCUGUGUGUGUGUCUGGGGGGUGGCUGGGUGUCUGGGGGGGUGCUGUGUGGGUGUGUCUGGGGCGUGCUGUGGGUGUCUGGGGGGUGCUGUGUGGGUGUCUGGGGGGUGCUGUGUGUGUCUGGGGGGUGCUGUGGGUGUCUGGGGUGUGCUGUGUGUGUGAGGGGGCUAUUAGGGAAUUUAUUUUAAAUAAUUUUUUUUUAUUUAUUAAUUUAAAAAAAAAAAAAAAGUUAUGUGUUUCCCCCUCCCCUCCCUUUUUACCUUUAUCCUGGGAGGGGGGGAGGAGAUCCGUUCUCGCAUGCUUCCCUGGUGGUCCAGUGGUGAGAGUGAACGCUCAACGCUCAGAGUGCCGCGGCAACGCUCAGAAUCCCGCGAGAGGACCCGGCGGAGCUGCUUGUUAGAGCUCCGCCGGGUCCUCCCUCCCUCACCCAGCUGGCGGCCGCAUCUCCAUUCUUGUGGGCCAGUGAGGGAGAUCUGUGAUCUCAACACCGGCAAACGGAGACACACAGCGGGGCCGGCGCUCGGAUAGCGCUGGCCCUGCAGGGGCCGGCCGGGGAGAUCCUGUGAUCUCCCUGCCGGCCUCGGCCCACGGCCAUCGCGGCCCACCGGGCAUUUGCCCGGUAUGCCCGAUGGCCAGUCCGGGCCUGGCUAUCACUGUGUAAAGUCUAAUCCUUUUUAUCUGUGAUUGUAGUUUUUAUUCCUAAGACUUUGGUUGAAGUCCGUCUUCAAACUGUAUUCAGGUAGGGAAAUAGCCUGUUGUGUAGAAACGUUUUCCAGGAGCCCCGGACCAAGUCCUUCACACUAUCUCCUUAAACUCCAGCUGAUCAGCUAUUACACAGGGAGAAGGAUUGACACGUACGAAUUUACAACACCCCUAAAGUUAAAGGACCACUAUAGGCACCCAGACCACUUCAGCUCAAUGAAGUGGUCUGGGUGCUAGGUCCCUCUAGUUUUAACCCUGCAGUGGAAAACAUAGCAGCCUCUGGUGGCUGUCUCACUGACAGCCACUAGAGGCGCUUCCUCGAUUCUCACUGUGAAAAUCAGAGUGAGAAGAUGCUGGACGUCCAUAGGAAAGCAUUGAGUAAUGCUUUACUAUGGACUGUUUGAAUGCGUGCGUGGCUCUUGCCGUGCAUGCGCAUUCGUCGGCAGAUGGAGGAGAGAUCCCCAGCGCUGAGGGAGCCUGGUGCUGGAGACAGGUAAGUGUUUAACCCCUUCAGCCCCCUCCAGCCCAGCCCAGUGAGAGUGGGACCCUGAGACCUAAAGACCCUAUAGUGCCAGGAAAAAGAGUUUAUUUUCCUGGCAUUAUAGUGGUCCUUUAAUUCCAAUACUGCUCCCAUAGAGAUGGUAAAUUCAAGUCAUGCACCCGUCACACUGUCUCGCUUCAUCAAUCCUUUAACUGCUGUGCCUGCUGAUAACAUAUUACAUGGUUUAUGCUAAAUUAUUCCAAUUGCUCCUUUCCAAAUAAGUAACUCUCUGGAUGCUGACUGUCAGUUCUUCAGUCAUGUGGGUUGGUUCUGUUCAAAGAUGCCCGUUUUGUUUGAGAGAACAAACAAUAUUUGAAGACCAGAAGAUAUGACAGUUUGCAAUGUUUGCACCUAUUUAUGAUGAUCAUUAGGUAACUUAUUAUAUCCAAAUAUCUCUGCGCAGUGAAGCAGGCCUCCACUUGCAUCAAUGAACACAAGGAUUAGAAAUAAAUUAAAACAUAUAAAUGAUCACUGAGACAGGUCAUGGCAGCUCACACAACUGUCCUUUAUUUUCAUAUGUGCAGCAGUUAAGGGAUUAAUCUAAGCAUUAUAGCAUUUUGCAGUUGUUAUGGUGCCAGGAGUAACCUAGCCUGGUUCCUCAGGAAUGGGGCUAACUGUUUAGCUACAGUUUGCCCUCUUAACUGGGUCCUCACUGUGCUUUGAGGCUCCUAGCUCCACUGCUGAGGAGCUUCCUUCUUCUGCAGAUCCAGCCGCCAUUCACUGGCGGAGCGCGUCAGCUAACCGCUUUUAGACAAUAAAUGACUCACUGUGCAGAAAAAUUAAAUGUGCACAGAAUUGACAUUAGCCAACCCAGAAUUCUUUUUCCAGGCUGGCUGAUGCCCCAUGAAGCUGGCAAAAGUGUGGUCACACCUCUGGCAGCUAAGGGAUUAUGUUUCAUAUGUGCAGCGUUUCGAAGCAAUGCACUUACAGACUGCAGGCAUCAUAACCACUUAAAAUCACUGCAGUUAGUGAAGUGAUGUGCAUUCAUGUUGAACCAAAAACUGAAUACCAAAGUACUAGCCUAGCUCAGCAGGAAAGGGGCUCAAAAUUCGAACUGUGCCAAUUCGCAAUGGGUGGGAGGUAUGAUACUGUAAGCUUCUGUGAACGUCGACUCGUCACCAUUGGUUCAUGACCAAAAUGUGCAUGCCAUCCAUUAGUGCAGCAGAAUAUUAAAGUUGUCACAUUAAAAUGAAGAUUUAAGCACAUUUGCCUGCAUGCAGAGCUGAUCAGACGUGCAUCACCUGAGCUCCACAGAGUUUUACCUGAGCCACUUUCCAAUCCGACCUGCUACCAAUGACCACCCAGACAAGGAUACAACGGUGCAUCCAGCAAUACCAAAUUCCAUCCGUUUAGGCAACAGAAUGCUGCCAAUUGGGCUUGGGGCCUACACAAGCGUGGGCAGAGGAGAGACGGACGCUCUCCGAGCCCUAUACCCAGCAGAGUGCAAAUCUCUCCAAGCUGUACCCCCCCCCCCGGACCUGUGGGGGUCAUCCCUCCCCCCGACAUACCCAGCAUCAAGAAGCCAUCCAGCGACGAGAUUAAGCAGCUGUCGUCAAUCUUAAAAUGGCGGAUACUCCUGACACACAAGCGCCUGACAUGAAAAAAAUUGCGAUGUCAUUCCAGAACACGUUUGAGUGCCUACUCCACAAUGUAGACCGGCUCUUCUGUGCAAAGUUAGAGGCCCGUGACAUGGAAACACCGCGCCAGAACCAAGAGGAAGAGCACAGCAGAGAGCAGCGGGAGGUGAGCGAGCCCCCUUUAGGGCAAACACCCACAUCAAACAUCUGAUACUGCUCAACCAGGCCAGCCUGGGCUCAAGGCCACCAAGGGCAUAAUAGCCCUGCAUCUGCCAUGGAGGCUGAGGAUCCACCGCCGCUGGCGGCGACGUUACAGCAGGAGCACCAGCCGUCCCUUACUUCGGAAGAGACUUGGCCUCAAGACAGAGGAUCCGAGCCUGUGGUGAUGCUGGUUUUCACCAUGACCCAGGGCUGGAGGGUCUCCACGCUCAGCUCCUGCACUGCACAAACCAUGGACAGCCUUUAUUCCUCCCCAAGCCUGGGCAUAGGCUGACGCUGUACUCACUGACCAUGCCACCCUUAGUCUGACAUCUACAUGCCUGGGAAUAAGGCUCAAAGUAUUUUAUGUUUCCUUCUUUGUGUUUUUUAAUUUUUUUUUUAAGUCCUCUCUCUUUUUGAUUUUCAUACAGAUUCUAAUGAUGCUGUCGCUAGGAAUCCUGUGAUAACAUGCAUAAUGCAGCUAUGAUCAAGGGAGUAAAGCCUUGGGGGUUAACUGUACUAGCCAUUCAGUAUUGCCAGACUAUUCACUUGCCUACCUAAUAUAUUUAAUAACCGUAACAUUCCCCAUAUCUGCUGUAUCCUAUGAUUUCCUAGGCUUGUUUUUCAUUCAGACUUGUAUGUUCCAUCAUUCAAUAUACUGCAGUAGUAUACAGCAAAACAACCCUAAUUCACUUACAUGCUAAACUACAUUGCAGUAACUAUUAACCAAUGUUAAGCCUGUUAUAUUGACCUUGUUUAUACUUUAACAAUGUGCACGCACUCAUGCCACGGCUAAGUCUGUAUGAAUAGCUAUAUGUACGCUGUUGUGGCGUUUGGAAAUGUCAUGUACCUACCUGCACAAUAAUUUUUUCAAUUGCAAAAAAAAAAAGAUUUAAGCACAUUUGCUUCGGUGUUGAUGGAAAACGAUUCUGCAUUUUCAGUUCCCUGGGAUACAGAUUUGCAUUGAAUGUAGGUAGUGUUACAUAAUGUUCUAAUUACAGUGCUUAGUCAGAGGCGUUGUGUAACUCUACAAACACAACAUAUUUGCAUCUUAUGACAAGUCACGGGACUUUAGAAAUCAAUGUUUUCAAUGGGGAAAAUACAUUAAAUACCAGUAAUUAUGUUUGGGUCUUCCUAUUGGACGGGGGACUAUUACAUAGUAUACAAACGUGUGUUUUUGUUAUUGAGCCAUCAGGAAACUGGGAAACCUUCAUUUAUGAAAGAGACACCUGACCUGUUUAAUUAUUUCAUAACCUUGUAAAAAUUCCUACGGCAAGAAAUGUGACGUUUCAAAGGAAAGGAAAUGGGCCGAGUGUAGCUCUGGUAAUCUAGGUUCCAUUACUUAUCUUAAUCAAUGAGUAAUAGUGCCAUGUUAUCAUUCAGCGUUUGUGCAAUGACCUCUUAGCAAGAAACGUAUCCUUUUACAGAGAAGGAAAAUUAAGGGAAUUAUGUACACAUGGCGUAUUUUUUUUUUUUUUAAAUUUGACAAUUUUUAUUGCAGUUGGGGUACAGAAGAAAAAGGAUAGUGAGGGUUGAGUAAAAGUUGCAUUUACAUUAGCUUGAUUUACAUUUUUGAACAUACAUAUGGAAUCGCAUUUGUGUAUAUUAACUUUUUGCAAUAAACUUAUACGUUGAAUACUCAUGCAUUUGUAGUUAGCUUGGUGGGUCGGAAGAGAGGUAUUGAUGUUAUCUGUGGUGUCCAACCUGGUUGGUUUGUGCCAUAGAUUGUUGUUUCUGUUAGUUUCCGAUUUUUGCCUCUUUGCUAAAUCGACUUUUUUCGUGUGCUUUCUUGUGAGAUGACUAACUAGGUUUUGUAUAAUCCCUGUGUGUUCCGCACUCCUUUGGUCAUUCGUUUGUGGUUACAGUGGUGUAUGGUCUGCAUUGGUGUGUCACCUGGAUGUUUUAUUAAUGUUUCGGUACAGGUUGGGUGAGGACGAUGACUUUCAAUUAGCUGUCUAGUUAUGUGUGCGCUUGUGAGUUGUUGGUGCCAGCAUCUAUGAUCUUCUACUGCCAACUCACCUAUUGUCCAUAUUUAGUUAAUCCCUUUUCGAACGCUGUUUAAUGCACAUGGCGUAUUUAUUGACUGCUGUAAACCAUGAUCCUACGUCCUAAGGAUAGCCGGUGGUUGUGGAUGGGACUGUGAAUGUGCGAUACAUUAUAGACUGUAGCACGUUUUCUAUCAUGCUGGCAAUGAUAGGUAAAAUACAACAAAUAACCCCCCUUAAAAUUAAUAUGAAAAGACAGUGUGAAGGUAAAAGUAAAUAUAAUUUAUCUAUAUGAUAAUAUUCCAAACUGUAAAACAAAUAAAAAGGACUCCUCUUAGUCCUCACAACCUAAAUAGAAAGGAUCUACAGUGAGAGAAAAAUAGAAUCAAUUAUUAAAGUUGGCACAAGGUCUUCCACACGUGAAUGGGCAUGUAAAAGAUAAUAAAAAUAAUAAUAAGUGCAGACUGUUGUUAACCGGGUUGUGCGCUUUAGUUAGUAACAUUUACAAGAUCGUAGUGAUAUAUCUGCAUAUCAAAUCCCAGGAUUUUAUAACCAGCAGUAGCAGUCCGCAGGUUGUCUCAAUGGAGGAAAGGAGAAAAACACCUCCUCAAUAGAGAUGUCGCGAACCGUCCGCGAACUUGCCGCGAACCGUUCGUGGCGAAUUCCGGUCAGCUGACACAUCCCUGCCAAUCUACGGCAGACCCUCCCUCCCAGAUCCUCCCACCUCCUGGACAGCAUCCAUGUUGAAGCUGCCUUCAACAUGGAUGCUGUCCAGGAAGUAGGAGGGUCUGCUGGAGAUUGGCCAGGAUGUGUCAUCUGACCGGCGUUCGCCACGAACCGUUCGCGACAUCUCUACUCCUCAACUGGCAGAACAAUUUAUUAAAUAUAAAAACCAAAAUUAAGACAAAAUGAAAAUAUAUCUAAACAAAUGGAAAAGGCAAAACUCUCUACAAUAGCCUAACCCUACGCGUUUCGUCCGAUAAAGUUCGGACUUCCUCAGGGGUAAAAAUAAAUGUCGAGUCUCCUGUACCGUAAUCUCUGUUUACCGCCCCGGCCUCGUUUUUAAAUCCAUAUAUGUCCCUCCCACGGAUGCCAUCAGCCCAUCCGUGAUGGGAGGCUACAGGUGUUGCUUGUUUCUCUUCCAGUGUGUUCCGAGCCUCGCUUCAGUCAGCCAUGCGAUCACGUGUACGUACCACGUAGUACGUAUGUGUUCCAUAACUAUAGAGACCAGCAGAAGCGCUCGCGUUCCAUCUCAAGCGCUAUCAUAUCGUGGAUUCUUGAAUGCCAACUUUAUUAAGAGUCCAUAUAAUACUCGAUAUUGCAUGUAAAACUGAACAUAAAUGUAUCAUAAUCCUAAAUUACAAAAUAUGCAAUAAACGUAUUACACAAUUUAUGUAUCAAUUCAAAGAAAAAAAAACUGCAACAGAUAAAUUAACAGAGAUAAGGCCAGAAGGAUUCAAAGUGCAUCUGCAAGAGAACUUAAAUAUAUACAUAUGUCUAAGACACAUACAUGUGCUUACAUUAAAUAUGUGUGUGAAAAAAAUCUAAAUCAGUAUUUGUUUGUGAGUGCAAUCUUUAAAUCCCGCUAUAUGGUGUACUUAUGAUAUUACACUACGAGUUCAGCUGAAAGUGUCCCUUUAAUCCCAUCCGCUAGGCAAAUCUCUUUUGAUCCUUGAUCUUUCUCACUGGUAAGUCAUGUGUCAUGAAGGGGUUAAAGACCAAGUAGCUUUAAUGACGCAAACAAUAGUUAAGAGCAGACCUGUAAUAUAUUUGCUGUUUCUUUCUGUAGUUAGUAAAACGAUUAUAUGUUUGUUUUAUUCCAGCGUGGGCCUGGAUCUGAACAAACAGACGGUGCUCUGACAAGUCGUCUUCUUUGUGGUUGGAUGGGCCAUAAAGGGGUUAACUUCUUGAGGACCAGUGACCUUUUUUUUAUGUUUGUUAUGUUAGGUUUAAAUAUUACUUGCUAACAUUGAGUGAAUAAAUAAUAAGCAAAAUUCAGCAUUGUAUCCCCCCCUCCCCCACCCUGUAGUAUACUCUCUAUGUUCAAAGACCACCGUCCUUCACUGCUAGAAUGUGACCAUGAAAUUUACCCUGCAAUGCUUGCUGUACAGUUUGUAAGGAUGUGCUAUUUAUUGUCCUGAUACAGAAGGACAGGUGCAAAUGUAAAUUAGGCCUCUCUGUACACAUGGCUAGGAGAGAAAAGAUUGACCAGGGCAUGUAACACAUUUGAGAAUUGUUGGCAACGCGUUUGUUUGUGGGUGUGUUUUUUUUGUGCCAGGGAAUCCCAUCUAUAAGACUUGUGUGCAAUACACGUCACAUGCACAUAGAUACUAAACAAACUGUACACAAACCUGGUCUCCAACAACUCAUAUGAUCUUUUCUCACUGUGCAAAGCCAUUCUGUUUAGCUUAUUAUUUUUUUCAUCAAGGGGCCCCAGAGUGCAGCCAUCAGGUACAACACCACCUUGGAGAUCUGUGACGAACGCCGUGGGCACGUUGCCACCGAACUUACAAUAAACACAGCAAAUCGCUCCUAUUGGAAAUCUCACCUGGAGUAAAAACAGUUUAACUGAAUGUGGAUGUUCCCUUUUAACCCCUUAAGGACACAUGCCAUGUGUGACAUGUCAUGAUUCCCUUUUAUUCCAGAAGUUUGGUCCUUAAGGGGUUAAAGGGGGAACUACUUCUCUAGAAAUGACAUCUUCAAAUUAAACAAUUGAAAUGACCUAUUACAUGUUUUAAUCUCCCAUACAUGUAGAUUUACACAUUUCAAAUUAGAUUUCAAACCUCAGAAAAACUGAUUUUCUAAAUCUAAGAAUAAGUAAACAUGAUAUUAAAAAUCCUGUUGUUUAUUUUUUUAUUUUUUUUCCGUUCCUCUUUAAUUGCCAACUGCCCUCAUUUUUUAAAUUUCAAACCUUUUUGAGUGUACGACAUAGAAUGUUCUAGUAGAUUUCUCGACAUUUCUGAUUUUGUACUACCAUUCUUUUUAAUUAAGGAUCUUUCUAGCGACAUAUUCUGCAGAACCGCAUACCGGGUUUUAUUAUUGUGAAAUAAAAUUAGCAGCCGGCAGAUAGUUUGUCAAGAUGGGGUUGAAGAAAUGGUUUAGGUAAAGGCUCCUGACUGCCUUCUGCAAAGGCCAAAUCUGAGCAUUGUUCCGGACUGUGAUUUAUUUAUAGCGUUUAAUUGUCUGGUUUUACAUAAUGAAACAAGAUUGAUAAUCAUCUGCCUUUGUUAUUUGAUUUCUUUCCUCUUCUUUCAUUUUUACCUGUAAUUUACAAAUGCCCUAAUUUAAAUUAAAUAAUGUAAAAAAAAAAAAACAGGCUUAGACUGCAUUACAAGUAAAAAAAGGCUAUGGCAAUCCUGUUCCUUUUGAGCUAAAUGCUGAACUUUUCACGUCCGUGCAAAUGCCAAAAAAAAAAAAAAAAUGUAUUAUAUAUUGUUGAAACUUUUUUUUUUUUCUUUUUUUUUUUUUUUACAUAUUUUGCAUACAUGCUAUGCUGCCAUUUUUAGGAUAUAUGUUUAAUGGGGGGGGGGGAGAAUCAUAUGAAAUGAAAUGUGUGCAUCGUUUAAAGGGAGGCUGUCACCCCCUUACAAACAAUGCUUGCUUUUUUUAAAGAACAUUCAAUUUCACCUAUACCAAACCAAUAGCAAAUGUAUAUAUUGGGAGAAAACCCCACUUUAAAAUAGGUUUAUCUCCCACAUGUCAAUCAAUUCUUCAGCAUAGACUCUGUGCCAAAGAAUUGAUUAACAAGGGGAGCAGAAGAGACCUCACUCGGUGCAUGCGCUGUGGUUACUAUGUUAACUCCCUAGCCGGUGCUGACUAGGGAGCAUAGAAAUAGACUCUCCAUUCACACGGGGACAUGGAGAAGGUUUGCCAUGGUCGGUGAAGCUUCCCCAAGCAAGGCAAGUCAGUGACGAGGGAGCGCGGACUGGAGGUAAGUGUUACAGAAGUGACAACCAUCUCUGUAAGGAGAUUACAGUGUGGGAGCACGCCCAAGGCACGCACACAUCUGAUGCAACAGUUGAGUUACGUCACAGUGCUAUGUGUGUGGAGGGUUUUGUUUGUUUUUAAUUUGCUUUGCCACGCCUAUAAGCCCACCAUUUCUGCUCCCUCCACCUCCAAGUUUGCAGUGUUUAUACUUUUAUUUUUUUUUUAUUUUUUGGUACCAAAAAUACUGCUAUGAUGUUAAGACUUAGAUUUCGGGGAGUUGUAGUUCAGCGGUUGACUUCCUACAAUUGAACUGCAACUCUAUUGGCUGGUUAGAGCUAACAUCAGUGCUAACUGGGAAACCCUGGUUCCAAUCCCACCUCAGCAGUAAGUGUCCUGGCAAGACCCCUAGCGAUAUAUACAUCCACCUACCUCAAACACUCCUAGAUUGUAAACUCGUUUGGGCAGGGCCUUCUCUGCCUCUUGUCUUUGUACAUCAAUAACUUGCUGUAAUAACUCCCAGAACCCUUUCUGUGCGUGGUGCCAAUAAACAUCUUGUAAUGGGAUUAGUUCCUCAGAGAUAUAGAAAGUUACGCGAGCAUUCUAAUUGCUAGAUUUCAGUAAUCCGUGUAGAAUUCUGGCAAUCUGCCUACAUUUUAGAUUUCAUUUUGAGAGUUUAUACAAUGACCUUGUUUUACCGUUUUGUAGACGUAUAUGACAUGUUAACAGAUCUGCUCGAACAUCACCAAUAUCUAGCCUGAUUGACCAUGAAUAUAUAAUUGAACCAUCUAACCUCAAUGUAUGUGUAUUUUCACAGCGUCUCUGGACCCAGGACUUGGAUGUUGUGGAUGGGUAAUUGUAAUCAUCUCGACUCUUCUCAUGAUUCUCACUUUCCCCAUAACAAUAUGGAUGUGUAUAAAGGUAAGAUAUUGGCUUACAAUCCACUGUCUGUUGAAAACAUAAUUGUCACUGACACCGAUGUCCUUUAAUAACCACAUAGCAGAGUUAUGGGUGUGUAUAUAUAAAUAUAUAUAAAAUAAUGUGUGUGUAUUUGUAUAAUAUAUUCAGCUCUGUGGAAUAUAUUGCCGCUUUAAUAAUGCCAGUAAUAAAUAAAUAUUUGUGUGUUUUAACAAAAAUUUUAUGUAAUUUACAAUUUGUGUAUCACUAAUUAAACCAAAGACUAUAUAUUAGCAUUUUGUGUAGGUAUUAUUUCAAGAGGCGGAAAAAAAGAGCUACUGAAUAGAUAAACUGCAGGUAUUAAAAUACCUCCCAAGUGUCCCUGCUUAGGAAGCAGGGCUGGAUUAACAUAGGGGCUGACGGAGCUGCAGCUCCAGGCCCAGGCCCAUGGAAUAGGCCCACUUAAAAAAAAAAAAGUAAGUUAUUUAUUUAUUUUUUUACACACUACUCUUAGGUUUGCCACCUGACUGGUAUUUUAAGGCAUAGCCGAUAUUUGAGGCUGCCUGACCGUGACGAUAUUGCAGUAAUACCGGAAAUACAAAUGCAAAUAUAUUCCUCUGUAUAAACGGAGAUUACUCUGCAAUACCAGCACCAGCCAGUAGGGGUCACUGUGUAUGGAGAGAGGCAGGGAUAGGAAGUUACAGCAUUUCCCUGCCUCUCUCUACUCAAUGAUCUGCGGGGGAGCAGCUACACAGCACAGAGUCCAGACAGCAGCUCCCAGCCUGCAGAGACAGACUACAGCUCAGGUAAGUGAGGGAUGGGGGGAAAGGCAGCAGGGAGACAUGGGGACACUGAGACACUAGGGGACACUGGGAGACGUGGAGACACUGAGACACUAGGGGACAUUGUGAGACGUGGGGACACUGGGAAACUUGGGGAUACUAGGGGACACUGUGAGACAUGGGGAUGCUGUGAGACAUAGGGAGACACAUUGGGACACGGAGACACUAGGGACACAGUAUCUCCAUGUCUCCCAGUGUCUGUGUCCCCAUGUCUCUCAGUGUCCCCAUGUCUAUGUCCACAAGUGCCCCCAUGUCUCCCAGUGUCCCCAAGUAUCUGUGUCCCCAUGCCUCCCAGCCAGUGUCCCUAGUGUCUGUGACCCCAUGUCUCCCUGUGUCCCCUGUUCUUCCAGACUGUGUUACCAUGCCUGUCAGUGUCCCUAGUGUCAAAUGUUUGUGUCCCCAUGUCGCUUUGUCCCUAGUGUCUAUGACCCCAUUUAACUCAGUGUCCCCAUGUCUCCCAGUGUCCUGAUGUCUGUACUCACAAGUGCCCUCAUGUCUCCCAGUGUCCAAGUGUCUCUUUGCCCCCAUGUCUCUCAGUGUCCCCCGGUCUCUGUGUCCCCAUGUCUCACUGUGUCCCCAUGUCUCUCAGUGUCCCUUAGUAUCCUAGUGACACGGGACACACUGAUACAUAGGGACAUUGUGAGAAAUGGGCACACCGACACUGAGAGACUAGGGAACUGGGCGACAUGGGGACACUGAAACUGUGAUACAUAGGGACACUGAUGCCAGGCUGGCCUUCCAAUUCUUUGGACAGACAUGCUCCCUUUUUGGGCAUGUUUGCCCCUUUUGGCAGUCCUGAUCACUUGAUUCGCGUCAGUGGCCCACCCUUUUAUCCCGCCCAUUGACUUCCUGCUUCACUGGACACUGCUGUUAGGGGGUAUGGAUUUAUUUUAAGAUGAAAGCAUGAAUCAGAGAGAGAUUAGCAUACAGUAUGUGUUUUCUUAUAGCUGCAUCCUUUGAGUUUCCCUCCAACACCAUCUCCAUCAGAUACAUGAUGCUAGGAAAGUAUGACUGUUUUAGUGUUUUUGGUCGAUAAAUUCUGUAAUUAGGCCCAUCAUAAUUGUCAGCACCAGGCCCACUAGUCUCUUAAUCUGGCCCUGUUCGGAAGGACAGUCUCUAUUUUGGGCACAAAUCCCUCUCUCUCUCUUUUCUAUCCUGAUCUUUCUCUUGUCUAGGAGCACAGAAAAUAAAAACUUCGUGGGGUAAUAGCUUGCUUUCCUAUCGAAAAAUAUUUGCUUUUUUGGUGUGAUUUGUCAAAUAUGUGAGAUGUUGCUUUUAUGUUAUUUAUUUUAUUAAUUCUAGAUUGUAAAAGAAUAUGAAAGAGCCAUCAUUUUCAGACUUGGUCGCAUCCUGCGAGGAGGAGCAAAAGGCCCAGGUAAGUCAUUUAUCACUAAUUAAUUGUUGUUCACUGAAAUGUGUGAAUUGUGAGGAAUUUACAUUUUAACCAAACUGAAAACAUGGCUGACCAUGAGACCGUUUCCAAUUCAGCUGAUUGGCAUUAUAUGUGAAUAAUGAAUACAUUUAUUAGCACCAUAGCCACUACACUGAUCUGAAGUGGUUUUGAUGCUUAAACUGUCACUUUGAGAAGAAUUAUUGAGUAACAUUCUAAUGAAAACCAUUGUUCCUGCUGCAAUACUUUUGGACAUUUAGACUUAGGAUUUUUUGAUUACCAGUUAUGUCCUCUGACACCAGCUUAAGCUGUAUUGUAAUUCCUUCACUGACAGAACGGUCCUGUGAUCCUGUAAGAUGAUAGGACAUAUAUUAUACUUUUUAGGUAGCGUUUUUUUUUUUUUUAAUUUAAUAUUUUUUAAAAAGGUUUGGAGAAGUCAUUUUGUAAUGAGUCAUUCAACUGUGACCUCUGUGUACAUUCCUGAACCUCCUUGAGUUUGACCCUUAUAGAUUUUUACCCAUACAUUUAUUUUCUUCUUUAUAAUUGGUGUCACAAACUGUGUCCCCUCCACAGGUCUGUUCUUUGUUCUGCCCUGCACAGACAGUUUUACGAAAGUUGACAUGAGGACCAUAUCGUUUGACAUUCCACCCCAAGAGGUAAUGUAAACCACAAUAAACACACCUUUGUUAGUUUAAUGCUGGCUUUUCAGCUGUACUUGAACUUUGUGCCCAUGUAGUUCAGCUAUGGAUUAGAUGAAGCAUUACAGCAUUAUUUAUAAAAUUUAAAUGUCCAUUUUUUUGUCAAGUAUUUUUUUUCCUCUUUAUUACUAUCCAACGCGGUCUUAUUUAAUAUAUGGAAACACAGAGUUUCUUCCUCAAUAAGAGCUAUAAGACUAAUGCACCAAUUAUAUAUUAAAUUCGGUGACAGGGCGGCCCUCGGUGGUAACAUCCAGCGAAUAACAGACAGGUUAAGAAAGUUGACGCAUUCUUCGGCCAUUGUUUGGUCCUUUAGGGCAUUGAAUUUGCCAAUGCCGCCUCCUAGUAAAAGGAGGUGGCAUGAAAAGACGAAGGGGGUACAAAACCACGUAAACAGGUGGUGCCAACGUGUGUCGUCGAAGUGGAGAAUAAGCAUCAGAAAGUGGGAAUAGUAAAAAUAAACACAAAGGAGAGGUGUAGGGAAUCGGUUAUAGGGGGGUGACGUCAGCAUCUUUAGUUUGUAAAGACCCCAACAUUUCUGAUUGGGAGCGGGGACGGGUAAUAGGCUAGAAACAAGUCUGUAAUUGUGAGAACAUCAAUGGAGAAAAGUUAACACUGAUAGAGACUUAUCUACAAAUAUAUUAUUUAACCACUUCAACCCUCAAAGGGUAAAUAUUUCCUAUGGAAAAUGUUAGUAAUGCUCUAAUCGAGAUGCUGGAGAUAAAGAACUAGGAUUAUGAAAGAGAGGAGAGUUAGAAGUUCAAAGUCAUUAUCUCGGUAGUUAGAUGAACAAUAGGUAUUAAUAACUAACCCUUCACUCAGGUGUGCACGGAUCUAGAGAAGAAAUCCACUAAUUGCUGGAUUAAUGCUAAUUAAAUCUUAAUAGGCCUGUGAUUCGUUAAAACUUCCCAAUUACUUAUUGUUAUAUCAUCAUCUUAUUAAUAUAUUGAACUGAUUUAUGCGUUUCAUAGUGAGAUUUCCCUUUUUUUUUGCAGUGUAAAUACAUCUGAUUUGCAAAAUUGUAAGCUAAAAUAAUAAAACUACAGUAAAGUUGAAGAAUUUUCCCAAAUUGGCUAUUUUUGUCUAAAUUUGCAAUUCUGUUUCCAAGUCACCGUAUCUCCUCGAUUAAGGAAAAAUCCAGGUUUAUCCUCAAUUGACUCCCAGCUACUUUCAUCUUCUGUAGAAUGUUAUGUUCAGAAAAUUAAUGUUGAGAUUAUUGUACACACUUUAUUUUUUAAUUAUUUUUUUUCAUUUCUAAGUAGCACUCACACAGAAAAUGAUUGUGCUUUUUCUGCAUCCUAUUUUUAUGUCGUGUAAUAAAAUAAAACAGAACACAUCUGAAAUCUUUCCACUUACUGGAAAUCUUUGGCUUUCUCCCAAAUAGCUACUCUAAUUAGUGUUUUUACUAAUUUAUUUUUUUACGUAUGUUUUUCUGAAGAGCGUUUACAGGCAGUCCUCAUUAUUUGAAGAAAAAAAUGAAAACCUAUUCCAACUAACGGGAUAAGAGUUAGCAUGAAGUCCGUGGGCCUCGAGCUAUGCACGCUGUUAACAAGCAAUACCUAGCUAUUCCUCUUUACAUAGCACAGAUCUGGUGCGUUGUCUGGUUGGUCUCGAUAUAGAAGCACUCUUUCUUCCUGUAAACAGACACGGUAGCUUCACAGAAUAUUGUUUUUUGUCUCCUGGGCGUAUUAUUGAUUUAAUUGCUCUCUAAGAGGUUGCGUCAAUGAACGCUACAUGUUUCUUUCUUGCAUCAUUUUCCAUCAACUCUCCUCCUUUUCAUUCAGACAGUAAUAAACCUUAUAAGAAAGACUGGCAUUUUGAGCUGUUACAGUGCGCUGUAGUGGUGAUGGUGCUAAGAGUGUCAUAGAAUUUGUCUUGCAUGUCUUCCCAUCAACAUAAUUCCUACCCCAUCCAUCUUUAUUAAUUCUCCUCUUCUUUUUAUUCCGUAUGCUCAUUCUCUUCCUUACAUACCUCCCAAGCGUCCCCAUUUAGGAGGGAGAGUCCUAAUGUCCCUCCUUUCCAGGAGCUCCAUAUUGUUGGUGUGUCUCAGUGUAUAGCAGAGCUCCCCAGUAAUAAUACUCCCAGUAAUGUGUCUGAGUGUAUAACAGAGUUCCACAGCAAUAAUACUCCCAGUAAUGUGUCUGAGUGUAUAACAGAGCUCCACAGUAAUAAUACUCCCAGUAAUGUGUCUGAGUGUAUAACAGAGUUCCACAGCAAUAAUACUCCCAGUAAUGUGUCUGAGUGUAUAACAGAGCUCCACAGCAAUAAUACUCCCAGUAAUGUGUCUGAGUGUAUAACAGAGCUCCACAGCAAUAAUACUCCCAGUAAUGUGUCUGAGUGUAUAACAGAGCUCCACAGCAAUAAUACUCCCAGUAAUGUGUCUGAGUGUAUAACAGAGCUCCACAGCAAUAAUACUCCCAGUAAUGUGUCUGAGUGUAUAACAGAGCUCCACAGCAAUAAUACUCCCAGUAAUGUGUCUGAGUGUAUAACAGAGCUCCACAGCAAUAAUACUCCCAGUAAUGUGUCUGAGUGUAUAACAGAGCUCCACAGCAAUAAUACUCCCAGUAAUGUGUCUGAGUGUAUAACAGAGCUCCACAGCAAUAAUACUCCCAGUAACGUGUCUGAGUGUAUAACAGAGCUCCACAGUAAUAAUACUACCAGUAAUGUGUCUGCGUGUAUAACAGAGCUCCACAGUUACAUUUUAUCUGAAAGAUUAUCUGAAAACCCUUUAUCUGAAAGAUUUGUUCUUAUUCCUUCCCCUACUUAUUCAAUAGUCCCUUUGUUUUAGUUUCCUCCUCAUGUUCCCCAUUUCUCUCUUAGAGCCAUCACUGCUAAUGCGCAAUCCCAAAACAUGAAGCUACACCACAACUCAACUACUGAUGGUGCCAGGUUGCACCAUGUCAACAGUUGUGCCAGUCACUUGGCCAGUACCAUGAAAAUUUGUAUUAACAAACCAAACCUUUUAAAUAAUGCUUGGUAGCCACAGGCCACUAUCAAGGGCCCAGUGUGCAGCCAGCUGGACAGGACAUCCUCAAUGAUACCAUUAAAGAACUUUAAAGAAAAAAAUAAUAAUAAUUCUGUUGUAGUUUAAAUAAAUAUAUAUAUAUAUAUAUUUUAAAUGUUUCACUUGAUUCCUUUUUGUCUUCUCAGAUUUUGACAAAAGACUCCGUAACUGUUAGUGUGGACGGCGUUGUGUAUUAUCGUGUCCAAAAUGCUACCCUAGCUGUAGCAAACAUUACAAAUGCCGAUUCUGCUACCCGCCUGCUGGCUCAGACCACACUGAGGAACGUACUGGGAACCAAGAACCUGUCUCAGAUCCUCUCUGACCGAGAAGAGAUUGCCCACAGCAUGCAGGUAAGGAUUCACAAGCUGAAACGUAUCAUAACCAUUGACAAUGGGUUAAAAACACAUUGUCUCUUUUCAUGUCAAUGGUACAUACACUGAGCUUAAAGGACCAAUUUCACCUAUGUUACCGUACAUUAAUCUUUUCAUCAAGUAUUGAAAGGAAAUUAUUUAAUUCUAUUUUUUUAUUUUUUUUUAAAUCCAUCCUUCCUUUUAGCAUAUGACAGGAUCAUUCAGCCAUAUACAUGCACCUUGGGUCAGACAGUCUCUAUGGUCUUCCCUGCUUCACUUCAUGCACAGAAGCAGGUAAGAGACCAUAGAGACUAACUGUCGGUUUCCUAACACUGUCAGACCCAAUGUGCAUGUAUAUGGCUGAAGUAUAAUACUUGAUGAAAGGAUUAUAAUAUUAAAAUUGGUUUUGAGGUGACCGCUGUCCUUUCAAUUCAAGAUUUUGGAGAGGUGUAAAGAUUAAUUUAGGAUUUUAUUUUUGUUCCACAAUAGGGAUGAUAAUUUGAGUUGGUUUCUUUUAACAGUUUGUGGAAAUAUUCACCGUUUAACACUAUUUUACAAUUGCAGUCCACUCUGGAUGUCGCCACUGACGACUGGGGUAUCAAAGUUGAGCGUGUGGAGAUUAAGGAUGUCAAACUGCCCGUCCAGUUGCAGAGAGCAAUGGCCGCUGAAGCCGAGGCAGCACGUGAAGCUAGAGCCAAGGUAAUGUAUUAAUAACGCUUACUGUACGCCGAGUCGCAAUAACUAUUAUGCAAUAUGUCCUGUCUGCCUGUGGUCUAUAUUGUGUGUGCACGUGUCUAUACACAUCCAUAUUUAUAUUCUCACAUAUAUUGUAUUCCAUUUGUUUUUGUUUUGUUUUUAUUUUAAAAUAAAUAAAUCAUUGAUUUAUUUUAAAUUAUAAUGUAAAUACUGUUAGAGGUGAGCAUUGCGUUGCUGGUCUCUCCCAGAUGAAUCGGCCUUGUUUUGAGUAGUUCUGAUCACCCUCUCCUGCUUGACUUCUUGUGUUGAGAUUUUCAGUCUUUCGUGGUGUCUGCACAUGUGUGUAACGCUGCCUUUAUACCGAUAUAGUGCAUGGCCCGGACCAUUAUCACAAGAUAAGUCACAGCACAGGCAGGUAGGAGAGCGCCGAUUAAUGGGACAGUCACCAGGAGGUACGGAUUAUAGAGACUUUCUGUGUGUUUCCGCAUCCGUGCACAGCCAGCUGCCAACAUUAACCCUUUCUGCGUAACCUUCUGUAAUUGUUGCCAUUUAUUAAAUAAAUAGUGGAUUGUUAUUUUCUGGAAUGAACUAUUUAGUCAGGUUUUUUUUCUUUUCAAAUGAUUUAUAAGCUUCUUCCUGUGUUAUUUUUUUUUUAUUUUAUUUUUUGGGGAGAGGAGUAAUUGCCUACAUUAAUCCUCAGGCAUAAGUAUAAGUGAACACUCUUUUUGUAACCAAACCAACCAUAACAACUGAAAUUGCAUUCCUGCAACAAAGCACCAAUAGGUAUCCCAGCACACAUCCUGCUAGUUUUGGUCUGGGGGACAACUGCUCCCCCAUUUUCACCUUUCAAGCACUCCCCUGGACUUUGCAUCAUGGAUAAUAUAUGACACAAAUAUGUACCUUACCAGGUCUAUCUAUAUAUUUGAUGUAGAAAAAUACAUAUUUCAAGGGAAAAUGCAAUUGCGUGCAUUAAUACUCUUAGAACACUGGCACAAUGCAUCAUUAAUAUUUAUGAAAAGAAAGUGUAAUAGCUAGCUGGAGAGAGAGUCAUGUCAUAAAAUUCACAGAAUAUCCUCACAAUUCCUGCCAGCCCUAAGGGGCAGAGGGCGAGAAGCUGCGCUGAAGAAUGACGGCAGUCGUGUCACACGUUCCUGGUGACAGAAGGGAAGGGAUGGGUGACAUCUAAAUCCUAUGCUGUGGGUUUGCUUCUGUUCCAGUUAAAUACACCCCAGAAUUAUUCUCCUACAUAGAGAUGUCGCGAACUGUCCGCCGAACUAUUCGCGAACUGUCCGCGUUGGGCGAACAUAUCCGAUUUCCGGUCCGCCCCCUAUACGUCAUCAUUGAGUAAACUUUGACCCGGAACCUCACAGUCAGCAGACACUUCCUGGGAGGGAGGGUCUGCUGCUGAUUGGGUGGAAUGUGUCUGCUGGCUGUGAGGUUCCGGGUCAAAGUUUACUCAAUGAUGACGUAUAGGGGGCGGACCGGAAAUCGGAUAUGUUCGCCCAACGCGAACACGCUAUUGUUCACCGGCGGACAGUUCGCGAACAGUUCGGCGGACAGUUCGCGACAUUAUUACUCCUAGACCUCUGCAUUGCAUUUCUUUUCAAAUUGUUUUUUUUUGAAAGAUUUUUUUUUUUUUUUUUUAAACCAUAACAAUAUUACAAAAACAAACAAGUCCCUAAUUUGCAAGCGAUAGGUUUUUCCCAUAUUGUCUCUCUCACUCCGUCCAAUAAUAUUUUAGUUCAUCCAAUAAUGGUAACGGUUGUCUGAGGGCCACUUCCUAAGACUUCCUAAUUUUAGAACCUCCUUAACAGAAGGAAGAUGUUGCGGCUAUGAGAAUGUGACCCAUGGUUUGUUUUAUCAACCUUGUUUAUGGAAACUUUUUAAAUAAUCCUAAUUCAGAAGGGAAUGUAGCGGUGGAACAGUCAACAGUUUUGGUUAAUUUAUGAAUAUCGCUCCAAUACCCCGAUCCCCGCAUUUAUAAAGAAUAAUAAUGGCUUUUAGUGCAGGCGGCUCUGUGGAUAUCUUGUUGCUCAGUUGGAAUGUGCAAUUUAUGGGAUUGAGCCAGGAAACCUUCCCUCUUUUGUCCUAGUUGUGAAAUGUUGGCAGACCUGCAGGAUAUGCCGGGGUUUUUUAAAGAAUAAUAACUGCAGUCUGUUACUCAUCUAAUAUUCUCUGUGCACCCAAACUGUAAAAUAAACAUUGCGAUGGCACUUAAGAUGAGCCAACAAGGAAGCCAGAUACUUUUUUACUAAUUCCAGGCGUCUAAAAUGGCACUUCAGGCGGCCACACAUGCUAGGUGCGUUAUUCAGGGUUAUGAUAGAAUUACGUUUGCUGAUUUUUCUUUUAAUUCUGUUCUCUAAGCUUUUCCCUAGUUGCUCACAAAAUACUGCUGGAUAAGAUGCAAUAACGUUUUUACUUUCAGCUUUUGGUUUUUUACAUUAUCUAACAUUUAAAAUACAACUCCCACAAACCUUUGCUUUGCCACUGAACAGGGGCUUAUGGGAUAAUCUCAGGAGUGUCAUGGAAAGUUAACCGAUAUCGACAUUGACAGAUUUAUUUCCUGGUUUGAGCGAGAGCAGAAACUCGUAAAAUAAGUUGGGAUUUACAGGGGGAAAAAAAAGUGUUUUUUAAUUUUUUUUUUUAUAUUGUUUUAUAUUUAGAAUUCAUUAUUUAUAUAAUGCAUUACAAAAAUGGGUCAACUCCAUCUUGGCUCCAAAUCGAGUCCUGUGAUGAUUUGACAACUUACUGCUCAGCAAAUAAGUGUCUGCCCUGAAAACAAUGAUGAUGUCCGUGGUUUGUGACUUGUCCCAUGUGAUUGCAUUGUGACAUAUGUUGUGAGCUAGAUACACUUUGUACGUUCCAAAUACUAUAAUUAGAUUGGCAGUAAGAGGUUUUACAUGUCUCAGUUUAGAAACACAGUGUUGUGUACGCGUCUCUUCAUGCUAAAUAAUGCUAAUUAUUUAAUUUACCCCACUAAGCAUAUAAUACAUUCAUCUCUAAUGAUUACUACGUGAUAAAUUAUGGCUCCCUUAAACCAUUUGAUCUUUAACUUUGCUAUUUUGAUUUUAAAUUCCCCUGUCCAAAUUCCAAUGUAGCAAAUAGCCCCCUACAUUGGUAUUCCAGCUCUAGUGAUCAUUCAAUAGCUUCUUCCUCCGACAGAACGCAACCAGCAUACAACAUUCCUGAUAUGGGUUAUUAUUAUAAUUAUUAUUGCCAUUUAUAUAGUGCCAACAGAUUCCGUAGCGCUUUACAAUAUUAUGAGAGGGGGGAUUUAACUAUAAAUAGGACAAUUACAAGAAAACUUACAGGAACGAUGGCUUGAAGAGGACCCUGCUCAAACGAGCUUACAGUCUAUAGGAGAUGGGGUAUAAAACACAUUAGGACAGGAAAUAGCAAUCUAAUAAGGUGGGAGUGAAGCAGAGCUGGAGGAGAGAGUAGAGUGCUGCCCUUUAGGAGAGAGCAAGGGACAGGUAUGUGAGGUAGAGGUUACUCUGGGAGGCCAUAAGCUUUCCUAAAGAGAUGCGUUUUAAGGCACUUUUUAAACAAUUGAAGACUAGGGGAGAGUCUGAUGGUGGUAGGCAGACUAUGCCAUAGGAAGCAAGCCGCCCGCGAGAAGUCCUGCAAGCGUGAGUUGGCCGUACGGGUGCGAGCAGCGGGCAGGAGAAGGUAGCGGGCAGAGCUUAGAGAUCAAGAAGGGGCAAACCUAUGGAUCUGUGAAUAUAGGAGGGGCUAGAAUUGGUCAAUGCUUUAUAGAUAUGGAUUAGUACUUUGAAUUGACUCCUAUAGGAUACAGGAAGCCAAUGUAGCCAAGUGCUGAGAGGACCGACUUGAGUCUAGCCGCAGCUUUCAUUACAGACUGUAGUGGGGCAAUAUGGCUUUUGGGAAGACCAAUUAGGAGAGGGCUACAAUAAGCCAUGCAAGAAAUUACUAAAGCAUGGACAAACUACUUAGUAGCAUCUUGCAUAACAAAGGGGCGGAUGUGGGCUAUGUUUUUAAGAUGGAAUCUACAGGAUUUAGUAACAUACUGGAUGUGAGGCCAGAAUUAAAGGGAAUCUCCAGUGCCAGGAAAACAAUCUGUUUUCCUGGCACUGCAGGUCCCCUCUCCCUCCCAAUCCCCGGUAGCUGUCCGGCGGCGGUGGUUUCUGCUCACCGCCACUUCUCCCAGUGAUUACGUCAGCCGCAUUAGAGUUCUCCAUAGGAAAGCAUUGAAAAUGCAUUUCUGUGCUUUCAUAUGGGGAAUUGAGUGACGCUGGAGGUCCUCACACAGCGUGAGGACGUCCAGCGACGCUCUGCUAUAAUCCAGGAAGUGCCCUCUAGUGGCUGUCUAGUAGACAGCCACUAGAGGUGGAAUUAACCCUGCAAGGUAAUUAUUGCAGUUUAUAAAAAACUACAAUAAUUACACUUGCAGGGUUGAGUAGUGGGAGUUGGCACCCAGACCACUCCAAUGGGCAGAAGUGGUCUGGGUGACUACAGUGUCCCUUUAAGUAUGAUGCCAUGACAGCGCGCUUGCAAGGAUGGAUUUAUGUGUAUACCACUAUCUUGAAGGGAGAGUGAAAUAGGAGGAUCUCAGUUUGAGAGAGAUUGUUUCAGAAAGCGGGAAGACAUCCAGUCAGAGAUGGAAGAAAGGCAAGCAGUGACACGUUGCAGGACGGCGGGGGAGAGGUCCGUGGAGGAGAGAUAUAUCUGGGUGUCAUCAGAGUACAGGUGAUAGUGGAAUCCAAAUGAGGUAAUAAGUUUGACAAGAGAGGCAGUAUAAAGCGAAAAUAGAAGGGGACCAAGGACAGAGCCUUGGGGGACUCCAACCGAGACAGGGCGAGGGGAGGCGGUAUCAUUAGAAAAGGAGACACUGAAUGAGCGUUGGGAGAGAGAGGAGGAAAACCACGAGAGGACAGAGUCACAGAGACAGAGUGAUAGAAUGGGAGCGGUUGCCUGGACACAGCAAGCCGGAGAACCUUUCAGAUACUUAUUAGAAUGCCUUUUAUAUUGUCUGGAUCCAGGCUGUCUCUUCCUGCACUGAUUAGACAUGUUUCUUGGUGCACAUUAAAGGAACACUUCCCACACCUAAAGUAUUCGAACUUGCUGAUGUGCUUUUUCUGUGAAGACUGUGCCCUUUUUUCCCCCAAGUUUACAAAACGUAAAGAUUUUUUAAAAAUUACUUUUAGAAAUCAUUGUUAUAUCCUCCUGGCUGUCAGACAAUUGGUCCUGUUACUUCCAUGUUCUUUAGCUCAGUGGAGAUAAAGUCAAGCAAUUGCCCAGAGCACCUGCCUUGCAGAGUUUUCUCAUUGAGCUGCAUUGGGAAGUCUGUGAUUGGACAGCCACAGAAAGUCUGGGUGGGUUAGAAGGGGAGGGCUUGCAGGGACUGCAGACAAGAGAUCUGAAGCUUUUGCAAUCCAAUUUUAGAUACACCACAAUGAAAAAAAUCCAAAAUUAAACCUGUUUUAAUCAGGUGUAUAUCUACUAAAUAGUGAUUUCAGUUUUAUUUUAGAACAGAGCUAGAAAUCGCAGAGCAAUUCAACAUUAAAAAUUAACUCAAUUUAGUAAACUGAUUCAGAGACAGUAAAAAUUAGGAAAUCCCUCAUUUUGCUUUGGUGGCACUUCCACCCUCCCAAAAAUGUAAAACUCUGAAAAGAAAAACAAAAUGCAGAGGACAAGUGUUUUUCUAAGAGCUGUCAUGUUAAGAAAAGUACAGAUUUUGAAAACUUUUGAACUUCCCCUAUUUAAAUGUUUUUGAAAGAAUGUAGAACUGGUGCAGGACAAACUUUCUUUUGAAUGCAGGAGCUGUUGAUGAAUCAGUGAUACACAUUUAGUUUGGCCUCUGAUAUUGAAAGGGAACUUUGAACUGGGGUAUUUAAAACAAUUUUAAGACAAAAACCUUUAGUUAUAUGUAGGUUUUAAUUUAAGGUAAAAAUAAAUCACAUUCAUAAGGUUUGCCCCAAAUUAAUGGGCUUGUAAACCGUUCCUUUAAUUAUACAAUCUGUAGCCAUUUGUUACACUGGUGCUAGCUGUGAGCCUUAUUCUUCAGCUGAAACAAACUUAUUCUAGGCAGUCACCUAUGGCCCUAGCUCACACGCAACCAUUCCAGCCACAUUGGGAUUUUAUUGAUAGUUUGCUAGGUUUAGCAGUUUUGUAAAGACCGUUCUAUGCAUAACCAUUUUAAUUUCAGUGACUAUUUCCCUCUAAAAAAAUAUUAAUCCUAUUUUUCUACCAAGGUGAUUGCUGCUGAAGGAGAGAUGAAUGCCUCUCGGGCUUUGAAAGAAGCAGCGAUCGUAAUCUCAGAGUCACCGGCUGCCCUACAGCUUCGUUACCUGCAAACCCUGACCACCAUCGCAGCAGAGAAAAACUCUACAAUUGUCUUCCCUCUGCCCAUGGACCUGCUGCAGGGCCUAAUAGCAAGGAAGUAAAAUGUGGCAUGACCAAGUUGUCCUUAAGGGGACAAGUCCAAAAUGUAAAAAAAAAAAAAAUUAAAGUUGUACUGUCAUUUCUGAACUAUGUAAAUCUUUGAGACAUUUUAUCAAAUAGUUUCAUCAAUAAGCAUUCACUCCCAUGGUGAGUUAGUUGUGGCUUAAAUUUAGGUCUGCCUAGUUCAGAUAUUUGUCAGGAAUAUAUUUUAACCACAAAGUGUCACUUUUUUGUUGCAGCCAGUCAGUGGUGUUUCAGUAAUGAGAAUUGCAGAGAACCAAUGACAAUUCCCCAGCUGGCUUUUUGGGCCUAAAAAUGUGAAGUUUGUACAUUAGCAUGGAUGAACCCAGCUUUUUUUUUUUUUAAACUCAAACCAUAGCAGUUGGUUUUAGUCAGAUUUUUCCCCAUCUUCCUUAUGUUAAAUUAAUCUCAAUGCAAUUCUACAAUCAAACAGGUCUUAGGACAGCACCAAUUUACAGCUUGGAGAAAUUCAAUGAGGUUAUAUUAAAAUAUGCACCACAUUCUAUGGCAGGAACAGCGCCACAUUCAAAAGUACCAAGCUGCAUCUUACCCAGAAUUAACCAAGCCAGGAAUUUAGGUAGACUGGCAAAUUUAAGUUUAGGCCAAUAUGGAUUGGAAAAUUGCUCGCCAACUUCACCAUCUUGUCAAGAUUCCCAUUUGCUUCAAGUGUUUCAAUUUCUGAGCAAAAACACUGGCAUGCCUCAACAGGAAAGAGACCUACACUAGAGGCACUUCCUGGGUCAGUGCUGCACGGACGUUCAGAGUCUCCCAAGCUGUGCAUGCAGGCCCUGAACGUUCCUCAGAGAUUCAUGGAUUCAAUGCGUGUGUGAGGAGAUGCCAAUUGGUGCAGCCAAGCUUUUUGCUGCGUCAACAUAUCAACGCAUUACAUAUUGAUUGUCAGUGACCAUUACUGAUUAAAAGAUUGCAGAUAAUGUGAGCAGCCAGCCAGGAGUGACUUUUAGACUAGCCCCAGCUUUUCACUGUGCAGCAAGUAGUUCUCAGAAUUCCAAGUUCUAUGUGUACAAAUGUGCAUAGAGAUAAUUACAAAAAAUAAAUAUUCCUAUAGCUAAUUUUGGCUUGUCUAGAUCGUAUGGCUUUGCCAGAAACCGACGGAUCAUACACCUAUCAAGACUAUAUUUAGUGCCAGUUGCCUGUUCCAUGUAAAUGUGAUCUCAGUCUGAAUAAAAAGCCAAUUAAUCCUGGGAAGGCCUAUCCUUCUUGGCAUACCUUUGGCGAUGAGAUUAAUGCCAUAUUUGGUGGUAUUGCACCCACUGCAAAGUGGAAAUGCUAGUUAAAUGAAUGUACACAGCCAAUGUGUUUUACUGUCAGGAAAUCCAUCCCAGAAAGAUGUGAGUUUAAUUUUUUUUAAUUCACUGUAUCUAACUUUCAUAUUCUUACAUUAAAUUAAUAUUUGUUAAUGCAAAAUAGUCUGAUUUUCUACAGUUCAUUUCUAUUCAGUCUUUUUUUGAAUCAUCAAAAUUGUAUUUCAAUAAAAAUACUGCAGUUUGUGUUUUUGUCUUCUGUGUGGAUUUAUAUAUUUUCUUCAAUCCAAAUUAUGGAGUACAUUGCAUACAUCUAGAGCAGUCAUUUGGAAUUGUAAGCACUCCCUUAACCCCUUAAGGACCAAACAUCUGGAAUAAAAAGGGAAUUAUGACAGGUCAUGUGUCCUUAAGGGGUUAAAGAGGGCAGCUAUAUCACUUUUAAUAAAGUUACAAAAUUAUGCAGUGAAAUUUAUUGAAGGAACACAAACGUUUAUUCCAGACCCUAUAAUGUUAAGGCUGCCAUUUUAUCUUGCUAUCCCCCUCCCCCAAAUAAAAAGUGGAGACAGUCUGUGCAGCACUGAAACAGGAAGCACCUCUAGUGGCAGUCUGAGUGGCCGCCCCUGGAAGUGUCCCUAUGCUGUAUGUAAAAGACAGGGCUUACAGCAAAAAGUCUGCAGGAACUGACUAUACUCAGACCUACAUUAUUAAACCAAUUGUUCUAGUGACUAUAUAGUCUCUUUACUAGUAGCGCAGUACCUGUGCAUACAUCACAUUGCUUUGUCUCCCUCUCCCAAUGCAAAUUAACUUGAAAACCAAACUGUGGGUAUAACCCAGAAGACUACAGAAAAUCUCUUUUCAAGCUUUUUAUUUGCUUUUAAAUAUUCAAAAAAGGUACAAUUUGAAGGAAAAAAAAAAAAAAAAAAAAAAGUAUAAACUGGAACAAACAUUUUGGUUAUUGCACAGCUAGUGGGGCUAUGAAAAGUCUCUAGCAGGUUAGAGUGGCUCUCAUAGGCAGUGAAGGCACGGGAACUGCAGGACACAACUUGCUUGGAGAUCACAUUUCCAGCUCAGCCAAGGCCUUCUGCAGGGGAUCAACAGCCCAGAAGUCAUUAUCCCAGCCAAGGAACCAGCCAGUGAAGGUGGGUGGCUCGAACCCUUGUUUGAUAGUUGCAAUGGGUGUCCUCUUAUCUCUGUUGGCAGGAUCGCUUUCAAUAUAUUUGGAAGCUGGGGAGAGAAAAUGUUAACUGGUUAGUUUACAGAUGCUUUGUGUU